UCAAAAAUCAGUAACGAAAACGGCAUCAGCCACUACGGAUUGGAAUUUUUUAGUUCGUUUGAAAUUGUUUUUGAUAAGGAAAAAUAAAAGUGAGACAGCACACACAGUGUUAAAAGAAACAGAAAAAAGAAGAAUCAUUUUGAGUGAAAGAAGAUGAGUUAGAAUGCUCGCUAAGAAUAAAACAAAGUAAACAUCACCAUCGACGGUGUAAACCAGAAAGAGGUGUUUGAUAACAAAAGAAGAAAAAUUAGAUAAUAAAUCAAAAAACCAGUAAAAAAAGGAAGAAAAGAUUGUGAAUGAAGCAAAGAAGAAAAACUCCAACCAAAAACGCCCUUUCCUAGGUGUAUCAAGCAACAACAAAUAAAACAAGAAAGUUAUAGAGAAGUGGUUGAAGUUAGAAAACCAGACCAGAAGAUUCCCACGACAGACGGCAAGCAGCCAAGCUGCUCAGUGUUCGGCUUACGUUAGGAGGACGACAAAAGAAAGAAAAAGAGCAUCGUUUUUUAUUUAUGAAUGGAUGAGUGAAUGGCAUCCCAAAAAAAGUUGGAAAUUUGCGUUUGAAAUUUGUUAUUUAAUUUUUGUAAGUGUUUGUGUUAUCAGUUUCGAAAUUUCGCCUGUCAAACGUAAGAAACCAAAAUUAAUUCAAAAAACGAAGGAAAUUCAAAAAGAAAAAACAAAACUGCAAAAUAGUGUGUGAGAAAAUUGUGUGUAAAAUUGUUAACCCAUUUACCGGCAUUUGCACCGCCCUUACGAAGCGAGUGGUACACGUUCGGCGUGGUCCGUGUUAGGAAAAAUCAAUUCGAGUUGUCGUGCAAUUUACGUUCGUUUUGUAUUCGUUGUAAUGUGUCCGUACUUACCGUAAUUUCCAAGUUGUAAACGUUUUCAUUUAAAGAAAAGCCGAAAGACCGAAAGAGAGAAGGAGAGCCAGAGAGAGCGCAGUACUUAAUAACCGCUUGUGAAAAAUUGAUGUGGGACUUAAAUGCUCGUCGACAAUGGAUAGUAGCACAGAUAAAAAGCACGAGCAAGACCCUCCACCGACGACGGCUGAAGGAGUCAAUGCCGGCAAUCAACCACCACUACCACCGGAAAAUACGCAACAUGCUCCUGUGCCAGCAAAGCGCAAACGUCGUAUAGUACGAACAGCUGUUGAGUCAUCUACCACCACGACUAGCAGCACAUUGUCCGGACAACCACAUGUUAGCAGCCAAGGCCAGAGGGAUGUGGAGGACACGACUACUGUUGGUGGCCCAAAUAUUGCUACUGUCAGCGAUCAGGUGUUUGGGUCAGAGCUGCACGAAUCAUCCACCAUUACCAGGACUUUUAAGAAGACAAUAAAGCAAUCCCAGGAAUUUAUGCAUUCAUCCUCCAGUUCCCGAGAGUAUUUGGUUGAGGAGGCCUCGGAACGGUUGACCACACCACCUCAAACGCCUCAACGUCUGAAGAAGAAAGUGGCCUUGUAUGAGAAGGUGUGGUCCUCAGGAAGUGGAAGCGGUACGGAACUUAAUCUUCCCAUGGACACUUCAGUGCCUAGUGGCCAAGAGAUGCCCACCAGCGAUGACAAUCCCUUCGACAUUGAUGUGUUCGAGAUUGAGAAGCGUCUACGUGAGGAACGCAAACGUGGUUUGGCUGAGGCCGAAGCAGCUAAGCAGGCCUUUCAGCAAAUACAACUUCGCUCGACGCCCCAGCCCAAGCCGCGCAAAGUAGAGGUGCAGGAAGACCAAUUGGCAAGUCCAUUCAAUGUUACCCUGAAGACAACCAGUAAGAUUACGCCUGGCGCGGUAACUGGUCGCAUUGAAUUGGAGGAACACUCCAGUUCCUCGAGUCCCUUCAAUGUCACGUUACGCACAACUCAAAGAUAUCGACGCCAUCCGCCACCUCCAAUGGAACCCUUCGAGAGCCCUUUCAAUGUUACGCUACGCACUACAACCAGACAUCAUUCCUCGAUAACGCCCCCCUCCUCGGCAUCGUCCUGUUCUUUGAGUCCUCUUAGUCCAGAUGGCAAGUUGGCUUCGGCCAGAUUUUUAGAGGGCGAAAGAACCGUUCGUGAGGUGAAGUCAGCAGAUGGUGUCACCACCAUUGUCACCUCUUCCAUGACAUCGGAUGGCAGUAAGCAUGAGGAGAAAAUCUUCCGUCAUGGCGAAGGUUACCUAUCGCCACGCAAUUCACCACAUCGGGAGAUGAGAGCCUCGACUCCUUCCCGCUCGGUGGAUAUGAUGGCCGGUGGUCGCCGUAUCUGCAUCAAAUUGGAACAGGAGGAACAGCAAAUGGAAAUGACAAGCAGCUACAGUGAAUCCUUUGAUCAAACUGACUCACUUUCGGCCAAACGACGUCUAUUCGAGCCUUCCGUGAGCUCAGGAACGGUUUCUUUGGAAACACCUGCUAACAUUGACAUUAUUGUGGGCAAAGGCACUCUGAGCCACCCCCAACAGCUGCAGCAGCAAUUUCACGUGGAAACCACCAAGCAAACAGAACAAAUGCCAUGGCAAACGCAACAACAACAACACCACCACUACCACCCUUCGAGCCCCUCGACCUUAACUGCCAAGACUACGACAAAAAUAACAACUACUUCCCAUCAACACCAGACCAGCAGCAGCAGAAGCAGCAGCAGUCGUCGCAGUGAAUCACAAUACGAAUCCUUUGAGACCGUUCCGGGCAGAAAGACGACUAGUCUUACGAAAACGAUACAAUCGCAAGGUUCUUCGCCCUCAGAAGAAUCUCAACGUGGAUUUGUAAAAAGAGAAGUAUCCACCCAAGCAACGACACCGCCAGCACCUGCAUCCGACCCAUCACGGAUUGGUUAUUCCCCCACAUCACCCCGACAGCAGAAACCGCACAAAUAUUUCUUUGGUGAGACGUUGGACGUUGAACGUCAGAUUGCGCACACUACGAGUAGUACAGCCGCGGGUGGCGAUUUAGUUAAGAAACGUUUAGAGCUCCUGAAUUACGGUCGCGACGGUCUCGGUCACGGUAGUGGCGAAUUUGCCCACAAAGCGUCGUACCAGCAUCAAUCGGCUGAAAUAUCGGACGAUUCGGAUACUGAGGGUGCCGCUGCUAGCAGCAUUGUUAUAGUGCCAGCACGGUCUGCCGCCACGUCCGAUUUGGAAUCAAGUGCCAUAACGACAACAGUCCAUUCCCAACAAACGCAUUCCACAACGGCUAGUGUCCCUAGCCAGGGUACUUUGUCUAAGAGUCUGCCCUUGCCGCAGACUCAACAUCCUCAAAGUACCGUUCACAACACCUCCGCUACAGCAGCAGCAACAACUACAGCACAUUCCACAAACGAAUACCAGGAAUUCCAAUCCACUAUGGCAGCAAUCAAUUUUGCCCGUAGUAAUUCACAAUACGAUUCACACAUCAAGGAGAAACGAGAGGAACAAGAACGUGUUCAAAAGAAAACAUUCACUAAUUGGAUUAAUUCAUACCUCUCGAAGCGUGUUCCACCGCUUCGAGUUGAUGAUUUAAUCAAUGAUCUGCGCGAUGGCACCAAACUGAUAGCACUUCUCGAAGUGUUGUCCGGUGAGAAAUUGCCCGUUGAAAAGGGUCGAGUUCUGAGACGUCCACACUUCCUCAGCAAUGCCAAUACCGCCCUGCAAUUCUUGGCCAGCAAACGUAUCAAGUUGGUUAAUAUCAAUCCAGCCGAUUUGGUGGAUGGGAGACCACCAGUCGUUUUGGGUUUGAUAUGGACAAUCAUUUUGUACUUCCAGAUCGAAGAGAAUAGCCGCAACCUUGAAUAUUUGGGUCAUGGUAUCAGUGGUUCGGUUAGUUCUCUGGACAGUGUUGGCAAGAAUGCCAGCGAUGUCAAGGCCGAGAAAUGGAAGCAGGGAGCCCGUAAGACUUUACUUAACUGGGUAACCAAUGCUCUGCCAAAAGAGAGCGGUGUAGAGGUUAAGGAUUUCGGCGCCAGUUGGAGAGAUGGUGUCGCCUUCCUGGCCCUCAUCGAUGCCAUUAAGGCUAAUCUGGUUAAUUUGGCUGAACUGAAGAAGACAAGCAACCGUCAACGUCUCGAAACUGCUUUCGAUGUGGCCGAAAGCAAAUUGGGCAUUGCCAAGUUGCUUGAUGCUGAGGAUGUGGAUGUACCCAAGCCCGAUGAAAAGAGUAUUAUGACUUAUGUGGCUCAAUUCUUGCACAAGUAUCCCGAACCAAAGGGUGCUAACAAGGAUCUGUCACAUAUCCAUCAAGAACUGGACGAGCUGAGACGUUUCUUGGUGGAGAAAACCACGGAAUAUGAGCCCAUGGUCCUGGGCAAUUCGUUCCCGCGAGACUUUGCCGAAUAUCUGAUUGCUCGCUCCGAGGUUGAUGCCCACAUACCAACCUACAAUCGCUUGAAGCAAUUGGUGGAAUCACAAAGUGGUUUCCUCCAGGUGCCCAAACACACCUGGGAAGACAUUAACAGCCUGUGGCAACGCGUCCAAUAUCAAAUGAUGUACUGGUUGUGGCUCCUGGAUUCAGAGCUACCCGGUGACUUUGGUGAGGUUGGCAAAUGGCUGGCUGAGGCUGAGAAAAUUCUGAUGGACAAUGAUAUCCCCAGUUCCAUGAAUGAAGAAACGGCCGCCAUCAUAUCACGCAAAUUGGAGGAGCAUAAACUGUUCUUUGCCGAUUUGCCUCGCAUCAUUGCCAUGUUCGACAACGCCAAGCGUUCGCCUUUGGCCCAACAAGUGCCUUUGGAACAGUUGCGCAACAUGGAGAAACGUUUGCAGGAUGUGGGCCCACGGGCCAGUGAACGUAGAAUCAGAUUGAAGUUCUUGGAACACAAGUGCUGUUUGGUGGCCUUCUUGAAUCUGGUCGAGAACAAGAUGAAGGGAUGGACCGGUAAAUAUGGUACCGAAGACAAGGUGGCCCUUCAACUGGAACAGUACAAGAACUUUGUGUCGCGCAACAAGAUUUUCCAAGAAUUCCAAAAGGCUUUUGUCGACAUGCAACAAGUGGUUGACGAAUACAAACGUGACGGCAACGUGUCUCGCAAAGAGACCAUUGACAUUGAUCGUUUCAUGUAUGAGACCGAGGAACGAUGGAAGCGUGUCUCCAUGGAGUUGAAAUGUUGUCAGAACUCCUUGGAGGAAGUGGUCAAUUGCUGGAAGACAUGGCAUCAAUUGGCACCCAACUGCGAAGAGUGGCUACGUGUGGCCGAGCAAAAGGCCAUGCAAUCGGAAGAUGAGAAAUUGGAAUUCUUCCAAGACAUUUCCGUGUGGAAGGAUAAGUUCGAUGCUCUUGCCAAUGCUGCCAACUACUUGAUUGCUUCUUGCGAAGAGCCCAUAGCUCAAAAUCUGAGACAGCAUCAUGGCAUGUUGUCCGAGCGCUUUGAACGCCUCUUUGCCAAUACCAAGAAAUACAUGCAUGCCGGUGACAUCAUCCGAGCUCGCCAGGAAUACAAAUCUGGCAUCGAAAAACUUUCGCAAUGGUUGCGUUAUGCCGAAAGCGUCUUAAACCAAAAACAACAAUUGGGAGACAGCGAAGCCAUUCGCAAAUAUGGCGAUGAAUUACAAAAACUGGCCUCCGAAAUAGACGACAAUGAGGAGUUGUUCAAGACCAUCAGCCGCAACAUUCAAGGCAUGAUCCAAGAUCUGUCGCGUGAAGAGGUCGACAACAUGAUGAAGACCCUGAAACAAGAGAAGGAAGCUUUGGUGCGCAUUAGAGCCCAAAUUCCCAGCAAGCUGCAUUUGAUCCAUCAAUUGCUUAUCCAACAGGAGUCUUUGGAAGCCGGCCAAAAGGAAAUCCAUCAAUGGCUGAACGAAGCCGAGUCGUUGCUUGGCACCCACACCUUGGCCGGUGGACGUGACAAGAUCAAUGAAGAGCUCACCAAACACAAGACAUUCUUCUCGCGUACCGUUUACUACCGAUCUAUGCUGGAAAGCAAGAACAAAGUCUUCCAAAAUCUGCUGAGGAAUGUAGUCCAGGAUGAGAACAUUGAUACCACACAAGCCCAACACAACAUGCAACAGUUGAAUGACCGCUUCAACUACGUCAUCAACAAUUCGCAACAAUGGGAGCAGCGCUUGACGGAUUCCCUGAACAGCUGGAACCGUUACAAGGACAAUGAGAGGGUGGUUACGGAAUGGUUGACCCAGGCCGAAACAAUAAUCAUUGAAAAGCACAUCGAGACCAAGACCACCAUUGAAACGCAGAAGUACUUCUUUGAAAAUGUCAAUCAAAGAUGGAUGCCCGAUUUGGUAGACUCUGCUCAAGAACUGUUGAAAACCCUGCCCACUCAAGAACAAAAGCCAGUUGUGGAUUCAGUUGAACAACUGCAGAACCGCUGGCAAAAUGUUUUGGGUCAGGCUCCUCUGCAUCUAAUGAAGCUGGAAUUCCGUUCGGAUGAGCAGGCCUUCCAACAGACCAUGCAAGAGGUUGAAAAGGAAUUGAAUUUGGAAGAACAGGCUCUCAAUCGUAAUGAGGAUGUUGAUUCAAUUUUGAAACGUAAUCAGCAAUACUUCCUUCAAUCUGGCUGCUUGCCUCGUUUGGAGAAGUCUUUGCAGAACAUGCAUCGCUUGGGCCAGGCCUACAAGCAGCAAAAACCAGGUGAUAGCAGUCUCGAGGAUGCCUACAAGAACGCCCACUCUCAAUACACCCACCUGACUAACAAGAUUGCCUCAAUGCGCGAAACCUUACAGCAAAUCCCCGCCCAAUGGGAAUCCUAUCACGACAAAUUCACCGAAAUGGUGGAAUGGAUGGACACCGUGGACAAGAGUUUGAAGAAUAUUGUCAACGAGGUCAACAGCAUGGAAGAGUUCGAGAAGGAAAAAGUCGUAUUCCAGAAAAUCUGCCAAGAAGCCGACAAUAAACGUGAAGAUAUGAAGUGGUUGGUCAAGACUUUGGAUCACCUACUCAGCUAUGCCACCGAAGACGAGGCCAAUGCCGAACAAAAGAAGUUGGAAGACUUGAUUGCUCGUUACAAGAACCUCAUACCAACCAUUGAGAUCACCAUGGUUAAGACGGAGGUGUUCUCCAAAUGCUACACCUACCGUCGUGAGGUUCACGAAGUCGUGUGCCUUCUUAGCAAAGUUAAGGAGCAGGCAGCCAGCAUACCACCACCCGACAGCCUGGAGCGUGUCAACAAACUAAUUGAGGAGCAGCAAUAUGCCAUCAAUCAAUUGGACCAUCAACGUCCUCACAUUAUGUCCAUGUUGCAGAGAGGUCGUGAUUUGAGCAAGGAUGUGCAUGCACCAUCCUUUGUCCAGGUCGAAGUUAAGAACUUGGAAACCGGCUGGAAUGAGGCCUACACUGAAACUUCCGACAAGUUGCAAGCCCUGAAGGGUACCCAAGCUGUUUGGAAUGACUUUUCCGAUCAGAAGGCCGAAAUUUGCCAUCUUCUGCAAAUGGCCGAAACCGAAUUGCGUGCCCUCACUCCUUUGCAAACGGAUCCUAAGAACGUAAGCCAAGAUUUGAAGGCUAAACGUGAACUGAAUGCUCAGUUGCAACAAGCCUCGCACCAACUGCUGCCCAAGUUGCAUGCCUUGAAGGCUGAAUUGGCUCCCUUGGCUGCAGCUGAGAAGAGACCCAUCCUGGAGAAGGAAGUAACCGAAGUCGAAAAGAUGUUCUUCAACACCAUGGAACAUGUCAAGGACCGUGUUGGCUACCUAGAAGAUUACAGCGCCAAAUGGAAUAACUACAAGUCACGCUUGGCUGCUCUGCAAGAAUGGGCCAAUAAGGUAGCGCCCAAGGCCAUUGAAGCUUUGCAUUCGGAGGACUUGACACCCGAGGAACGUGUGAUGAAGGUCAACGCUUUCAAGACUGUCUUGGGUGACCGCAUGAAAGAAUUGGACAUCCUGGCUGCCGAUGCUUCCGAAUUGGCGCCCAAGGAGGGCAAUAUUGCUGAAGCGAAACGCCUCAAAGGAGAGAUCACCAAACUGCAGGAAGUACUCAGUGCCAUUAACCGCAACGUGGAUCACCAAGCCCAAGCCGUCAAGGAAGAUCUUGUCAAUUGGCAACAAUUCCAGACUGGCCUGCAGCACCUGAAGCCCAUCGUGGAGGAAUGCGAAAUCAAGGUAAAUAACAUAGUCCCUAAGCCAUUGUCCCUUGAAGAAGCUGUUGCUCUGCAACAGAAUGCCUUACAAUUUGAAAAUCAUUGCUUGGAGCAAUUAGACCGUCUCCAAGGCAUCUCAAACAUUACACACAAAAUGUUAUGCAAAACCAAUGCCCCCGAUGAAGUAGAUGCCAUGCAUUCCCGUUGGACGUCCGUGCAUGAGAAUGCCAAACAGGCUAGUGCUAAGUUAGAAAAACUCGUCGCCAACUGGAAAUCGUUUGAAAAUGAAGCGGGUAAAUUGGAGGAUUGGGUGGAGAAGGGCGAACAAAUGGUAGCCCGUAAACCCAGCAUCCUCAAUACGCCGCACAUUGAUAAGUUGGAGAACGAAUUGGUUCGUCUCAAGUCGUUCAACAAUGAAAUAUCCGAACAGCAAGCCAAACUCGUGGCCCUCGGUCAGGCUGCCGAUCAAAUUAGCUUACAUUUAGCUCCCGAAGGAGCAGUUGCCGUAAAAGACCGCGUAACUGGUUUGAAGGGCAAGCUACAAAAGCUUUCCGAAGCCACUCGCGCCAACAUCAAUGAAAUCUCCGAUGCCAUUAUUGCUCGUCAAGAUUUCAACGCUAAAAUGGUUAACUUCUCCAAUUGGAUGGACUCUCUGAGGUCCCAAGUCGCCCAAGUGGAAGAAAUCAAUCCGGAACGUGUCGAGACAAGUUUGCAUGUCAUCCAUGCCCUGUUGCAGGAGCAUAACGACAAGAAACCUGCCUUCAAUGCCAUCUACGACGAAGUUAAGCAAUUGUCCCUUGCCGCCUCCCCCGAGGAGAGCAAGAGCCUCAACGAAGCCUAUUCCGCCUUGGUGGUUAACUAUCAAAAUCUCGAAACCAACAUGCAACAAAAGAAAUCCUGCUUAGAAAAGUGGACGGAACUGUUGAAUUGGAAACAUGAGACCGAAAACCACUUGAACUACAUCAAACAUCAAAUCGAGAAGCCCGAUGCUCCGCAAUCGCAGGACUUGAAUAAGAUAAUGUCCGAAAUAGAAACUAUUGCCAAAACAGUGCCUUAUUGGAAGACUCAAGCCAAGGAAAUCGAUGAGAAUCCUGUCAUCCAUCUCAAGGAUGCUCUGACCCGCAAACCAUACAUUGCCACCCAGAUUGUGAACGAUGUUGAAAACAAACUGGAAAAUCUGCAACUGCGCACGCAAAAUCAAAAGCAACAAAUCGAACAAAUGCAAGUCCGCAAGGAUAAAUUCCACAACUUGGAGAAUAAUUUAGGCCAAGCCUUACAGGACAACAGAGCCAAAUUGGCUGACAUCUUGAAACGCAAGCCGAACUUGGAUAAUAUUGAUCAAAUCAUCUGCGACUUGGUAGCACUGAAUGAUGCCCUCAAGGUCCAAUCGGACUUGAAGAAUCGCAUUCACGACGAGGGCAAUCAACUGAUGCGCGAAGACAUCGCCAGUAUGCCAGCCAUUCAGGAGACUCUCCUGCAUUUGGACAAGGACUAUGACUCCUUGCAAGGCGAAAUUGCCGAACGUAUUCAGAAAUACCAAUUGAUCUCGCAGGCCUUGAGAGAAUUCGCCGACUGCAAGAAUAAGUUCAGCCAAGAGCUGAAGAAGGCCCAAGAUUUGUAUCACUCGAUCCCACAACAACCCAGAGACGAGGUUGAAUUGCAUCAAGCCUCUGAAAAGACUCGCAAAACCAUGGAUCAAGUCCGCAAGUCGAAGGUGGUGCUCGAUGAGUUGGACCGCAAGGUGGCCAAUGUCGGAAAGUUGUUCGACAACAUUGGCGAGGUCAUGCCCCAAGAUAUACCCAAAGACUUUGCCGAAGCCAAACAGAAGUGGCAGGAGUUGCACGACAAGACCGUUAAGAAUGCCCACAUGUAUGAGACUGAAGCGAUUAUUUGGUCUCAAAUCGAGGACGCCAAGAAGGAUCUCGUACCAUGGUUGACAGAGACUAACCAGGGUUUGUGUGACGCCGCCGAUAACAGCAUGGAAAUUGAAUUUGCCCCCAUGCGUCUCACGAAAUAUCGCUCUGAGUUGCCCUCAUACCAGGCCCUGAAGGAUACCAUUGCAGAAAAAUCCGCCGAACUUCUCAAGAUCAACAACAACGUUGAAAUACCUGCCUUAACCGCACUCAAUGAACUUUUGAAUGCCCAAUUCCAAGAGGUCGAGUCCAAUGCGGAACGUUUGAACAGCAUUACAGCCCAGUUCAACGAUCAGGAACAGGAGUUGCGUAAAAACAUCAAACAAGCCGGUGAAAAUGUGGCCAAGCUCAGGGAACAGCUCAUCAAGUGCGACGAUAUGUCCGGCGACAAUGCCAAGAUACUGGAACGUCUACAACAGUGUAGAGCUUUGCAAGGCCAGCUAGGUCAAACCGGCAACGAUAUUGACAAUAUCAAGCAGAAGGUCGAAGAGCUGCGCAUCCUCUAUCCCACUUUCAGUGAAUCCAUAAUUCCCAAGGAGCUGAACAAUGUCCAAAAGAGAUACGAGGGCGUAGAAGUCUAUGCCAAGAAAAUCGAAAACUCUCUGCUGCAAUUCCUGAAGAAGUUCCAUGCCGAUCGCGUCAACAUGUUGAAGCGCAUCAUUCAAACACAAAAGGAGAAGGUGAAUUGGUGCCAACCCGAAAGCACUUCGGACAAAUACAAUUUGGAUGUGAAGAAAUCGUCGCUUCAAGAAGUUAGCAAAGCUUUGGACGACUGCACGAAGCGUCAGGCAGACAUUGCCAAUUCCCUAGAAAUGUUGAAAGCCAUUGAAACGCCACAAAAUAUGGCCGAACUUAUCAAGGACUCAGAACGUCUGAAUGGCGAGAUGAGCGAUCUACAAAAGGCUUUCGAUCAAAUUAAAAACAUCCUCGAUGAGAAUGUCGAUCUGUGGACUCAGUACGAGAAAUCCAAUGAGGAACUCAACUCUUGGCUACGAGACAUUGAGGGUCGCAUUAAGGCCGAGACAAGCAAUCAAAUCGACCUGACAAAUAUUCCACAGAAGAUGGAGGAAUUGAUGCUAUUGAAGCAGGACAUUGACAAUCACGAGCCUGUGAUUAACAACUUGGAGAAGACCUCCCAGCAGUUGAUUAACAAGAACCCAGAAGCCCGCAUCGGUCAAUUUGUGACGCACUUAGUGCAACGCUACCAGACUGUGGGCAAGGGAUUGCAACAAUACAUGGACAAAUUGAAGGACGCAUCGAAGGCCAAUGACGAAUACAAUCGUGCUCUCAACGAAGCCACCGAAUGGUUGGGCGAAGCCAAGAUUGAAUUCCAAGAAUUGGCUAGAAUGGGUUCUCCCGGCUCGUCAUCAGCCACUGCACAACAAUUGCAGACCAUUAAGAAUUAUCUGAACACAUUCGACAAUGGUCAAGUGAUCCUCAACAAUGUUGUCGACCUGGGAGAGUCGUUGUAUCCCACUGUGACACCCGAGAACAGGGAAAAGAUUCGUGCUCAGCUAAGAAAUCUGAGAGAAAACUUCGACUAUUUGAGAGACGAAGCCAAUGCUCUCUUGCAACAGGUCGAAGGUGUCCUCAUUCAAAAGACCACAAUUGAGGAAAGCUAUGCCCAAGUUUCGCAUUAUCUCAACGAGUCCAAGGCCAAGGUCCUCAAGGCUGACGAACUCUAUCCCACACUGGCGGCCAAGAAAGCUGCUCUGCAAAAUUACAAGAUCCAAUUGCAAGAGGCCACCCUGCACAAGAAUGCUUUGAAACAAUUGCAGGAACGUGCUGUGGCUCUUUGCGAUGAUGAAUCGGAACGCAAGACCGAAGAGUCCAUAAACGAAUACACCGACCUGGCCAAGAAAAUUACCGACCGCAUCAAUGUCGUCACCAAUCAAGUGGCCAAACACGAAGCCUACGACCAGGUAUUGGAAAAGGCACAAGAUUGGCUGAACACAAUUAAAUCGGAAGCCAUAGAUAUUCUGAAUGAGACCACUUUCGAAAAGGAAGGAGCAGAAGAGAAGCUUCAGGUCGUAGAAAAUCUGUUGCAGCACAAACCUGAAGGUGACACCAUUUUCGAAACUUGCCAGCAACUUCUGAACACCGUCCUAUCCCAGACUCAUCCCUCUGGCCAUCCGGCUUUGUUGAAGAGCUUCCAGGAACCCAAACAGGCCUGGGAUGACUUCAUGAUGUUGUGCCAAGACUCGCAAGUCAAACUUAGACAGCUCUGCUCGAAAUGGGAUGAGUUCGAGACGGUGAUCGAUGAACUGGACAAUUGGAUGAAGAAUGUCGAGGCCAUUGUUAAGAAUCAAUCGCUGAAGAACACUGCCGAGGCCAAGAAGGCUCAUCUCCAACAGUUGCUCGACAUCUCGAAGGAUAUUGAGAAGCGUGCCAAAUCCAUCAAUGACUUGAUGGAUCAAGGACGUGAAAUUGAGGGCGAAACAGAUUUGAAUCUAAAACUGUCCCGCCUCAAUACCAGAUAUCAAACUUUGAAAAAUCUCUGCAAGGAAUCAGUGGCUAAAUACCAGAACUAUGUCAAGGAUCACGAAGCCUUCGAUCAAGAUUAUGAGAAAUUCAAAAAGGAUUUACAAUCCUGCAUUGAUGAGUUGGAGAAGAACAAGGACAUCGUUGGCGACCAAGCCAUUCUGCAAGAGCGCCAAAAUAAAUUGCGCGACAUGUCCGACAAGCGUAUCAAUGACAGCACUGCCUUUGAGAAUCUCAUCGAUCGUGGUGAGAAACUCUAUGGUCACACUAGUCCCGAUGGUCGUGAAAUCAUCAGACAACAGCUCCGAAAUCUACGCACUAUGUGGGACAAUUACACCGAUGACUUGAAUCAAGCCUCCCAAAAGAUUGACCACUGCCUGUUGCAAUUCAAUGACUUCUCCAUUGCCCAGGAUCAGUUGACCAAGUGGCUCAAGGAUGUCGAUAAGGCCAUGCAAUCUCACACCGAACCCAAGACCACUCUGCAGGAGAAACGUGCCCAAUUGCAGAACCACAAGUUGUUGCACCAGGAAAUCACCACCCACAAUGUGUUGGUGGACAACGUGUGCGACAAGGCCCAAGUCCUGGUCGAUCAAAUCAAGGACAAUUCCCUGAAUGUUUAUUUGCAAUCGAUCAAACAACUCUUCAACAACAUUGUCCAGAAGUCGGAGGAGAUCUUGAAUAACCUGGACGAUUGUGUGCAAAAACACAAUGAGCUGAACAACCAAAUUGCGGCUGCCAAAUCCUGGAUUUCGGGUGAAAAGGCCAAGCUGCUGGAGUGCGAUGAUGCCUAUGGAGAAAAAUCCGAUAUCAAACGCAAAAUUGAGACCCUCCAGAGUUUGUCUCAGAAUAAACCACAAGCCAUGAAACUGGUAUCCGACAUUCGAGAGCAAUUCGAAAAGGUGAAACCAUCGACCUCCGAGAAGGGAGUCGAUGUCCUCGACAAGGAAAUCAACGAACUGGAGGUGACCAUUAAAUCUCACUUCGAUGAUAUCGAAGGUAUUGAGGGCAAACAAAAGGACGUUCUUCAGCAAUGGCAGAACUUUGAGGAAAAAUUGGAAGAGCUCACAAAAUGGUGUCGCGCUGCCGAGGCUGUGUUCCGCGAACAACAACUGCAAUCCACCCUGCACGAAAAGGUUGAACAACUGGAGAAAUACAAGAUUCAACGCGAUCUGAUUCUGCAAAAGGAGAAGGAGAUCGAUGCCUUUGCCGAUGCGGCCCAUGCUUUGCUGAACAAUUGCGGAGCCGAGCGUUUGAAGACGUUGACUUCUCAAAUCACCAACCGCUAUCAGUUGCUGCAAGUGCUCAGCAAGGAAGUCGUGAACCGCUGGUCCAACCUCGUUGAUGACCAUCAAUUCUAUCAGGACAAAUACAAUGAGGUUGACCUCUGGUUGGAACCCAUCGAAAAGCAAUUGCAAAAUGCCGAAAAGGAAGAUGCAUCCCAAGUGUCGAACAUCCUUCCCAUUCUACUGUCGGAGAGGGAACAAGCCGACACCUUGUUUGCCGCUCUCAAUGCUGCCGGUGAAAAGGCCUUGCCCGAAACUUCCACCCAAGGUCGCGAGAAAUUGCGCAAGGAAAUGCGUGAUAUUCGCGAUCGCUGGGACAAAUUGGACGAAGGUAUUCGCAACUUGCAAAAGAAACAGGAAGCCCAGACAGUUCAGCUCUCCAGCUACCAAGACAUACUUGGCCAAGUGAUCAAUUGGUUGGAUCAAGUUGAGAAGGCAGUGCAGAAUGAGAAUCCCUCAACCUGGACCAGUGCCCAGGAGAUCCGCUCGAAGCUCUAUAAAUUCAAGACCACCCAGCAGGAUAUCAAUUCGCAUAAGCGUAUAGUUGAGGCUGUAAAUGAAAAGGCCGGCUUGUUGCAGAGUUCCGCUUUGCCAGCCAAUGCCGCUGAAAUCAAGCAGGCUGUCGAGAAGGUGAACCAGAGAUACGACAAAGUCUCUGCCGAUUGCAACAAUUUACUGCAACAGCUGGAGGAAGCCUUUGACGUAUAUCAACAGUUCAGUGAAUUGCAAAAGGCCCAACAGGACUACCAGAAGAACCUUUGGGAUCGUUUGACCGGCUACUCUGACUAUUCGGGUAACAAACCAGCCUUGCAGGCUCGCCUGAAUAAGGUCAGCGAGAUUAUGGAUUCCCUACCUGAAGGCUUGCAAAAACUACAGAUUCUGUCCGAUCACAUUGACAACAACACCAAGGUCUUGCCAGCUCGUUCCAAGGAGGCGAUGACCCGCGAUCUCAGCAACUUGCGUGCUGACUUUGAGAAGUUCUCAGCUGCUCUGACUGAUGUUAAGAGCGGUCUAGAAAGUCGCCUGCAACAAUGGAAUGACUAUGAGGUCAAUUUGGAUCAGCUAAUCUCAUGGCUGGGCGAAUCGGAAAAUGCCCUGAAGAACUAUAAUCCCAAAGCCACUUUGGAAGAGAAGGAAGAACAGCUGAACAAAUUCCAGAGUCUUAACCACAAUUUGCGCCAAAAGGAAGUAGAGUUCGAGAAAAUCAAGGACGACUCCUCCGAGUUGAUCCAAAGUUCGGGCGAAACUCGCAUUGCUGUGAAUGUGCAACAGGUUACCUCGCGAUUCCAAUCUAUCCAGGCCACCACAAAGGAGAUUUUGAAGAAGUGCGAACAGGCUGUUCAAGAUCACCAGAUGUUCAACGAAAAGUACAAGCAAUGUUCCGAUUGGUUGGCCAGUGCUCAAGCCAAAUACGACGAUAGUAGCGAUUUAAGCCAGGUCGGCUCCCGCGAUGAUUUGCUUAAGAAACAAAUUGCUGUCCAGGAACUGUUGGCUCAACAGCCCUCUGCUACUUUGCUGCUUAACAACACCAUUGAGUGCGGCGAGAAGUGCUACCCAUCAACAGCCACCGAAGGACGCGAAGCCAUACGCUCCCAACUGGAGGAAUUGCAACAAACGUUCGACCAACUCUUCGACAACAUCACCAGCAACAGCCGCAAGAUCCAAGACAAAAUGUCUAAAUGGUCCGGUUUCGACGAAAUCGCCGAAAAACUCAAGAACUGGUUGGCCGAAAUUGAAAAGGCAGUACCCGGCGAAAUUGAACUCAAGACCACCUUGGAUGAAAAACGGGCCAAGUUGCAGAAUUACCGCGACUCUCUGAACGACAUACAGAACCACCAAGCGGAAAUUGGCAAUCUGCAAGAAAUCGCCGCCAAUUUGCCCGAGAAGACGGAGCAUGUCGAAGCGGCCACCAAGGAAAUUGUGGACCGCUACAACAAAGUCCAGAAGAGAGCCCAGCAAUAUGUGGAGAACUACGAACGCAUUGUCAGUGCCCACCAGCAGUACUGCAAGGCCGUUAUGGAUGCCCAGGAAUUCAUCGAAUCAACCCAUUCCACCAUUGACUAUUGGGGAGAUUUGGACUUGGAGCAGGUAUCUCUGCACACCAACAUGGAUCGCUUGAAGAAUUUGAAGGCCAGUUUGGCCGAUGAAUUCCCCCGCGUGGAUCAAGUUAGGUCUCUGGGUGAGAAGGUAAUUCCCGGCACCGUAGACGCCGGUCAAGUGAAUAUCAAGACCCAAAUCGACAACACCCAACAGGAGUGGGAGGGUUUGAUUGCCGAACUUAAUUCCACCAUAGAAGCCAUCGAGUUGCGUCUCCAACAGUGGUCCGACUACGAACAGUUGCGUGACCAAUGCUUGGCCUGGAUUAGAGACUGUGACAAUAAGUUGCACUCCAUCGACUUGAAACCAAACUUGGGCGAAAAGAAAUCUCAAUUGGAGGAGUUGAAGAAUUUGCAAGGCGAGGUUAGAGCCAAGGAAUUGGAAAUUGACAAUGUCUCCGAAAAGGCUCAGCUGCUGAUGAAGGGUCCCUCGGCAUCACGUAGCUCUGGACCUGAAUUGGUCACGAAAUACCAACAGCUCUUCCACAAAGUGAAGGAACUUAACAAUCGUUGGCAACAGUAUGUCACUACCCAUCAAGACUUUGAGAAUAGCAUUUCGGAAUGCACCUCCUGGAUAAAUGGCAUUAAGGAAAAACUCGACUACUGCUCCGACAUGAGCUCGAUGAGUCAAAAAGAAUUGGACAAGAAAUUAGCUACCAUCCAAGAUAUCAUCCUCAUGAAGGACGAAGGUUCUGCCAAGGUGCUCAGCAUCGUGGAAAUGGCUCAAAACGUUUUGGCCAACACGGCGCCCAACGGUCACGACGCCAUUAACAAAGAAUUGGCGGACUUGCAAGAAUUAUGGUCGGCAAUUGCCCUGCGCAUCGUUGAUGUCAAGGCCCAACUGGAUGAUUCCAUAACGCAAUGGUCUGGUUUCCUGGAGCAGGUACAAAAUGUUUCGAAAUUCAACGAUUGGUUGGAUAACACAUUGAAGGAGCUCUCCGAACUACAAGCCACCAUGCCUGAGAAGAGAGCACAACUGGAUCGGGUCAAGACAACUGAGGAAAAGGUGCGUGUCGAGAAGAUCGACGUCGAUGCACUUAAGUCGCAGGCCAAGGAUAUGAUUGCCAGUGGCCAGCAAAGUCAGUCGGCCUUCCAGGCCCAAAAGGUUUUGGACCGAUUCGACGAAUUGGCGGCCAAGUCGCAGAAAUUGCUGUCCGAAAGACAAGAUCAGUAUCGCGAUCACAGGUUGUACAAAGAGGCCUAUGAUGAUUUGGUAAGCUGGAUUAGCAGGGCCCGCGAGAAGUUCCCCUCGUUGAAGCAAAGCUCACUGAGCGAUAAACUGGCCAUAGAAAAUGCUGUACAGGCCACCGAAAAUAUGCUGAACAAACAGGCCCAAGGUGAGUUGUUGGUUGAACACCUGACGCACACUGGUGAAGUGGUGCUGGCCAGCACAUCUCCACAAGGUCAGGAAAUCAUACGCAAUGAUAUCCGCUCUUUGCGUGACAGUUUCGAAAGUCUGUUCCGCGACAUUAACUCGCAAAAGGAGAACCUUGAAGAAACUAUGUCGCAGUGGCGUACCUAUAAGGAGGAGUACGAGCGCCUCAUUGAGUGGCUCCAACAAAUCGAUGUUUUGGUCAAGAACCAUAAACUCAACCUUAUGCCCAACUUGCCGGAAAAAGAAAAACAGGUGGCUGAUAUGCGCGACAUCAUGAAACGGUUAGAAAAGGGCAAGGACGACAUUGAGAAAUUCAAUAAAUCCGCAGCAGGCCUACUAAAAUCCCACCUCGAUACGUAUGUCAACAAUCAGUUGAGACAUUUGAACUCAGUCUAUCAGGUGCAGGUCAACCUGGCUAAGGAUGUCCUCAAGAAGGUCGAAACCAAUUGCGAACAACACCGUGAAUUCAAUGGCAACAUGAAAGCGGCCCAUGCUUGGAUCGAAAACGCCAAGGAAGUCAUUCGUGAAUGUAGCGAAUCUUCAAGUGCCGGAUCGAAGGAGCUUUUGGAGAAGCGCUUGGAAAAGAUUCAGGAACUUAUACGCAACCGUGAGGUGGGUCAGAAUCUUGUCCACACCGCCAUUAACAAUGGCGAGAAGGUGGUGCGCAACACUCGCUCCGAUGGCCGCGAUGCUAUCAACAGUGAAAUGAAGGAUUUGCAAAACGACUGGGACCGCCUGGUCAAGAAAAUGUCCACGGCCAAGGUGCAAUUGGAAACGAAUCUCUUGCAAUGGGCCGAUUACAGUUCCAGCUAUUCCCAGCUGCAACAAUGGAUUCAAGAUCGCGAGGCCAAGUUGCAACAGGCUUGUGAGCAGAAGAUUACAAAGUCCAAGGGCCAACCACGCUUGAGCAGUGGUUUGAGCGAACGCAAGGCCAACUUGAGACAGACCAACAACAUUGUCCAGGAUAUAGUCUCCUUUGAACCCAUGAUUCAAUCUGUCACCUGCAAGGCUUCCGAUUUGCAACAGGGAGCUCCAGCUUCGGAAAUUUCCAGCAAAUAUGAAACCCUUACCAAGCAGGCCAAGGAUCUGUACGAAAAGCAAAAGAAUACUAUCGAUCAAUACCAGGCUUUAAUUGAUGCCGGCAAUGACUUCGCCACAUGGUUGCGCAACGCCAAGGAGCGCCUCAGCAAAUGUUCCGAACCCACUGGCGAUAAGCAGGCCUUGGCUGAGAAAACUCAUCAGCUUAAGAUUUUGCAAGGUGAAGUUCCCGAAGGUCAAAAGAAAUUGGAAGCUGCCUUGGAACAAGGUGAAAUCGCUUGUCGCAGUGCCGAGCCCGAAGAUCGUGAGAUCAUUGAACAAGAGGUGGCUCUCUUGCAGGAAGAAUUCGAUGCCUACGUGGACAAUCUUAAGAAGACCAAAGACUAUUUGGAAAUGGGCAUUGUCAAGUGGUCCGACUAUCAAGACCAAUAUACCGAGGCUUUGGAUUGGUUGACCAAAACCGAGGCUUUGGUUCAAUCCUACAACAAAUUGCAGGAGAACCUGAUUCAAAAGAAGGUCGUAUUGGAGGAGUUCCAAGGACACUUGCAGACUCUGUUCGACUGGCAGAAGACUUUGGAUCACUUGAACAUGAAGGCACAAAUGCUGUUGGAGACUUGCUCCGACACCCGCAUCAGUAAUGCCGUUAUGCAACUGACCACCAAAUACAACGCGCUGUUGACUUUGGCCAAGGAAGUGAUGCGUCGUCUUGAGAUGCACUAUCAAGAACACCAACAACAUCACACCCUCUACGAAGAGUGUCAGUCAUGGAUUGAGCAGACCCGUGAGAAGUUGCAGAAAUGCGAGGUCAUACCGGGUACUUUGAGUGAGGUCCAAGCCAAAUUGAAUACCGUAAAGAAUCUGAGACAAGGUUUCGAAUCGGGUCAAAAUAAAUUGCGCUACUUGAUGGAAUUGAAGGAAAAGGUUAUUAUGAAUACCGAGCCCACUGGAGCCGCCAAGGUUCAAGAGGACACUGAUGCCUUGAAACAGGACUAUGACGAUUUGCUGACACAAAUGAAUGAUGUCAAGCAGAAGUUGAUGAACCGUUUGGCUCAGCUGGAAGAAAUCUUCAAAUUGUACAAACUUCUGCAAGAAUGGCUGGAGGAUGUUGAGCCUAGUCUCAAGACCACCGGUGAGUUCCUCAACGAUUUGAGUGAGAAGAGAGCCGCUCUGGAGAAGUUCAGAGCCAUACAGAGAGAUUUCAAUGGCCACAGCGACAUCGUCGAGAAAAUCAAUAAACGUCUGAAUGAAGACAACUCUUUGGAUCGCAACGAUUUCAAGCCUGGCAUGGAUAAGUUCGAUGAACUGCAAGCCAAGGUCAAUUCCAUCAUUGAAUCGCUGGAGAAUCAAGUAAACAAUCACGAUAAAUACAAGCAAGCCUUCAACGAGACCCAAGAAUGGUUGCGCAAGACUCGCAUGGACAUCGAGCAGUGCUCCGACUGUCAUGGCGAGAAGCAACAAGUCGAAGAUCGCAUUAACAAGCUGGGCGAAAUCGAUGCCACAAUGCUCGAGGGCAAGUCCUUGUUGGAGGCAUGCCAAGAACUUUCCCAGGCUGUCAUCAACACCAGCGGCAGCGAAGGCCAAGACACAGUGCAACAAGAGAUUAAACAUCUGAACUCCGAAUGGGAAGCCAUUCAAGUCAUGUCGCGCGAUGCUCGUUCCAACUUGGAGACAUGCCUGAAUGUAUGGUCGAGCUUCUUGCAGAAAUUCAAUAAGAUCAAUAAAUGGAUCGAAGACAUGACCAAGAGAGUCAAUCAAGCCAACGAAUCGGAAAAUAAGACCCCCGAAGAUUUGGUGAAUGCCAAGAAACUCUUGGAAGAAGUUGUCGCCGAAAAGGAUAAUGUCGAAGAACUGAAUGAUUCGUGUGAACUGCUGAUGGAGCACAGUGCUUGUUCCAGAGUUAGAGAUCAAACGGUUGACACCCAAGCCAACUACACCAAAUUGCUGACAUCCGCUCAAGGUUUGGUGGCUAAGAUCGAAAAGAACUUGUCGGAUCACACCGAAUUCUUGAACUAUAAAAACGAGAUGGAUGCUUGGAUCGAAAAGGCCCAACACAUUUUGGAUGGCUGCAACGGCGAGGGUGAUAUCCAACAAAUUACUCAGCAAAUUGAGACCGUUAAUUCUUUGUCAUCGCGUUUGCCCGAAGGCCAACAUCUUUUGGGCAUGGUUCAAGAUGCCUAUACCAAGGCAUCAAAUGUCCUGCCAGAAGAUAAACAAGAGAAAUUACGUGAUCUUAUGACAAAGGUGCGUGAGGAUUGGGACACAUUGGGUUUGGCUGUUAAACAGAAGUUGAUCGAUUUGAAACAAGCCCAAAAUCGCUGGUCCGACUUUUCUGCCAACAAAGAGAAGCUCGACAAAUGGUUGAGCGACAUGGAGCAGACCCUUAAGACUGUGCCAGAUACUAAGGGCGAACUUGGUGAGAUGAAGACCCAAUUAGAACGCUACAAGACUAUGCAGAACGACAUCAAGCUUAAGGGCUCAGAAUUGGAAAACCUAAUGUCCGAAGCCAAGGAACUGGGUGUUGAUUUUGAUGAUGUCCAUCGCCUGCAAGGUCGUUGGGAUAAGGUCAAGAACGAUUGCAACAAUCACAUCAAGGAAUUGGAAUCCGAAAUCAAUGACUACACCUCUUAUCAUCAAGCCUUGCAAGAUGUUGAGAAGUGGUUGUUGCAGAUUUCUUUCCAACUCAUGGCUCACAACUCGCUCUUUAUAUCGAAUCGCCAACAAACCCAAGAACAAAUCAAACAGCAUGAAGCAUUGCUGGAUGAAAUCCAGAAAUACCAAGCCAACAUUGAUGACCUCAAUGCCAAGGGUCAAAAUCAAAUAAAACGCUACGAACCUACCACACCUGCCAUUCGCGACACAGUCGAAUCCCAAUUGAAGAACAUUCAGGACAGCUACAAUUCCCUGCUCCAAACCUCCGUACAGAUACGCAAUCGCCUGCAAGAGUCCUUGGCUAAGUUCCAAGAGUACGAAGACACCUUGGACAGCAUUAUGCGUAAUUUGGAAGAAUAUGAACCGAUUAUUCAAACGGAAUUGGAUGCUCCAGCCACCACCUUGGAAAUGGCUCAGAAUCAAUUGAAGUGUGCCCAGAAUAUGCAAAACAAAUUGAAUCACGAAAAGUCACGUUUGGCCAGUGCCGUGCAGGCAUGCGAGGCAGCAACCGCAUCCAUCAGUCGCCCCAGUUCACCGCUGGAAACAGCUAUGCAAGUUAUUCCAGAGCGUGAAUUAAUUGUGCGCGCCAAGUUGGAAGAUCUGCUGGACCAGAUACCCAGUAAACAAACUCAAAACUCAACGCAAGACAACGAAGAUGAUCUGCUAGACGUUGAGAUUUCUGAAGUUAGUGAUACUUUACUGGACGCCGUUUCACAUGAACGUAUUCAGAGAUUCAAAACCAUAAUACGUUCCGAAAUAUAUAUUGUCCACACAUUGUAUGCUCUAAAGACUAAGGUUCAAUCCCACUUGGGUGGAUUGAUUGCCUCCGUUAGUGAAUUGGAGCAACAGCAGAAACAACGCGCCGAAUUGGGUGACUGGAUUAAGAAGCAACAGAGCUCGGUGACAGAUUGGUUAACCAGACCAUGCAAAUUGCGUCCCGAAGCCGCCAAACAGGAGUUGGUUGCCAUGAAUGACUUGUUGAAUUCCAUUGGAGACAAGCGCUCCCAAUUGAUGUUGGAAAUGACUGGAUCACUUGCUGAAGAUGAUACAGAUCUCGAUGACAACAUUGACAAAUUGGAAUCAGCACUCAUGGAUGCCAUUGCCAAGAAACAAGCUGGCCAAAAUGUUAUCGACAACUAUCGCCAGGGCGUACAAGAUAUGCAGAAUUGGAUCGAUGGCUUGAUCAAGCGUAUGGAUGUUCUCGACAAGGGUUCCGGCUUGAAUUGUGCCCAAAAAAUGGCUGCCAUUUCCGAAAUUAAGAACGAAUACCAACAACAAGGUCCUCAAAAGCUCCAAGAACUAAAGAACAAGGCUGCCCAAGUGGCCGAAGUCAUCAGCAAUUUGGAUGGCCAACAGGUUGAGGAACAAAUGAAAUCAUUGGACCGCCGCUAUGUCGAUUUAGGCAAGCGUUUAGAUCGCAAGGCCCAAUUGUUGGAUGUGACCAAUAAGAGUGUUGGUGGUGUCAAGGGUGAAAUUGAUCAACUUCAAAACUGGGUCAAGGAUAAAAUCCAAGAACUACAAGCACCCACCACCUUGGGCUACGAACCUAAGGCCGCCGAGGCUAGACAGCAAGCUCUUAAGGCUCUAAUGAAAGAUGCCGAAGGUAAGCAAUCGUUGGCCGACGCUCUGGAAAAGAGAAUUGCCAAUAUGCAGCCCGAAUUGGAACCUGCAGAAUAUGCCCAAUUGGAAUCGGCAUUGCGCAAUUUGAAUAGCGAACAAAAGAAUUUGUCGGGAGUAUUGAAAUCUGAAAUGGAGAAGGCUUUGGAUGCUGGCAAGGCUCGCAAAGCUUUGGAGAAUGAUCUGGAGAAGGCUCGUGCCUGGUUGAAAUCCAAGAUAUCCGAAGUUAGAAAAUUACCAGUCUAUCAUCCACUGACCUCGGCCGAAAUCGAAGUGAAACUGCAAGAGAACAAGAAAUAUGAUGACGAUGCCAAACAAUUCAGCGAUAGCGUGCUAAGCGAUGUCCAACGCCAGGCUGCAAAUAUAAUGAAGGAUUGUUCGGAUGCCGACAAGGCUGCCCUGCAAAAGAUUUUGGAUGAAAUUGAUGCCGACUACAAGACACUCAAGGAUGAAAGUGCCAAGCGAGGCAAGUCCUUGGCAGAUCUAUUGCAAGGUCGCAAGGCCUUUGAAGACGCCAAGAAGAAGAUGGGCGAUUGGCUCAAUGAAAUGGAAACUGCCACCGAAGGUGAACUGAGAACCUCAAGCCUUCCUGUGUUGGAAGAACAGCUGGCCCACUACAAGAAACUUAUGGAGAAUGCCGAUGGCAUGGGUGGUCUGAUGAACGACAUCAAUGAACAGGGUAAGAGCAUCGUGCCCACUCUAAGCAAUCCCGACAAGCUCAAGUUGAACGAGGAGCUGAAGAAUAUGAAGGACCGUUAUGGUAAGGUUAAGCAGUGUUUGGCCGACCGAGUGAACACCUUGGGUGAUCACAUCAAGAAAUAUAAGGAUGCCAAGUCUAAGCUUACCGAAUGCAUGGACUUCUUGAACACCGUCCAGCAACGUUUGCGAGAUCUUAACAAGCCAGUUGGCUCCAAGAUUGAAGACGUCCAGGAGUUGUUGGGUGCCUACGAGGGCAUUCUCAAGGAAUUGAAGGACAGUAAACAGAAAAUGGGCGACAUGAAAGUUGAUGAUCUGCCAGAAUUGCAGAGCAUUUUGGCCCAACAGGAUGAUAUGAUUAAACUCAUCGAAGAUCAAUUGGCCCAUUUGAGACAAUUGCUGUUGUUGCGCGAACAAUUCAUUGCCCUGAUCAAUGAGAUCAUCGCCUUCAUCAUGAAAUACACCGAUGUCAUUAUUGACAUUGAAAACGCUCCCGAUAGCUUGGAGGAGAAGAUCAACAAAUACGACGAUGUCAUUGCUAAGAUCCAGGAAUGUGAAGGUGUUUUGGCCUCCGCAACUGAUAAGGGACAGAAGAUUGCCUCCGAAGGCACUGCUGCCGACAAGAACUCCAUUACCGAGCAACUGCAGUCGUUGAAGAACCAAUUGGGCAAUCUGCGCAAGGCUGUCGAACAACAAAGACAGAAACAUCAAAUCCAAUUGGAGCACCACAAGAAAAUGGCUGCUGAAUUGUCUGAAAUCCUCGACUGGUUGCACAACAACGAAGGUACAGUCAAAUCCAGACCUCUGCUCGAUCGCGAUCCCGAUAGUGUUGAGCGUGAACUGCAGAAACACAAGGACCUCAGCUCUGAGGUACAAUCCUAUCUGGAUAAAUUCAAUAAAAUCAACAGUGGCAUUAAGAGCGAAGUUGGCAUGCCCAGCUCCCUGGUCGAAAUGUUGUCGGAAGGACGUUCGUUGGUAUCCUCAUUGCCACAGGAAUUGGAGGAACGUGAGAAAUAUCUCAUUAACAACCGCAAUUCCCGCCUGGACUACAUGAAAUUGGUAUCGCAAUUCAAGGAUUGGUUGCAUGAGGCCGAGGAUCGUUUGCAAGUUGGCAAACACGGCAUUGAUUAUGAGAAUCUGACACGUGAUCUGGAAGAGCACAAAGUGUUCUUCGGCAAUGAACAGCCCAUACGCAAUUUGGUGCACAAACAGAUUCAAGAUGCCGCCGACAAGAUAUGGCCAUCCCUGAAUAACUUUGAACAAACUGAGCUGUCUGCCGAACUGUCCCAAUUCCAGACAAAACUGACCAACACCUUGGCCCAGGCUAAGACCCAACAGGGUGAGUUGGAGAAGGAGAACGAGUUGUGGCGUGAGUAUCAACAAUCAGUGGAACGUGUCAAGGCCACCAUUGAACGCUCGAAGUUCUCCGAUGAGCCAGUGCAGAAUUUGGCUGGUGUUCACUUCAACAUACAGAAAUUGACCCAUGCCAUUGGUAAUGUUCAGAGUCAAACAAGUGACAUCACUCUAGCCAAUCAACAAGCCCAAGGACUUUUGCGUCAAGCUGAUGCCCGCAAUCGUCAGCUGAUUGAGCAGGACAAUCUUGAAUUGAAUCGCUUGUGGCAGGACCUCAUUGCUUCGUUGGAGAAGAGGCGUGACAAUUUGCAAUCUGUCGCCGAUAAGUGGGACGAAUUCGAGAAUCGCUUAUUGAGCUGGGAAAAGGCCAUUGGACGUUUGUCGGAUAAAUUCCGCAAUGUCGACCCAGUGGUAAGAUCUCGUCGUCACUUGGAAGAUACAAAGCAUGCCAUCCAGGAAAUACUCAGCGAAUCGGAAGAACUUAAAUCAUCACAUAAAGAUAUUGAGGCGCUCUCAAAAUCAAUCGUCACAUUCCUUGGGGAAGUACACAAACCCUCGGCGGAGGCCCUACAGGCCAAAUUGGAUAACUUAGUGAAGCAGCAACAAGAAUUGAACGACUCUUUGCACGAUAAGGAUCGUCAGGUUGGUCGUGAUCUAGAAGAAAUCGAGACCAUCUUCCGUAAGAUCUCUACGCUACAAGACAAAUUCAACGCCUUGUUGGAGGAAAUCCAGGGUGUUCAUGCAUUUGAUGAGAAUAUUGCCAAAAUCGAAAAACAACUGGAGAAUCUGGAUAGUGAAGUCAAGAAGACCGUCAAGGAAAGCCAAAGCCUAGUCAGUACAACCAAGGAGCUGUACUUGAAGAAGCAAAACCUCGUACCCAGUGAUAUUGAUCAAGAGUUUACCGCACUCGAGUUGUUAUCGGAACGUGUCCAGGGCAACAUGGAGUCGAAACAGAAGGAAUUCAAACGUGCCAAAACCGUACGCACAGACUAUCUUGCCGGCGUCGAUGAAAUACAGAAGUGGCUGAUGCAAGCCGAAGUAGAGGUGCAGGACCGCAGCCUGGCACCGGCACAGAUGAAGGAACUGUUGCACCGCAUCAAUCAGGAAAUCACCGGCAUCUACGAACGUUUCACAAUGGUUAAGACCAACGGCCAGCUGAUCAUUGACAAUUGCCGCAGCAGCGACGAAAAACUGCUGGUGCAGACCACAAUCGACCAGCUGGCCCAACAGCUGGGACAAGUGCGUUCCUGGCUGGAUGAGAAGAAACAGCAAGUUGGUGAUAGUUUAGAUGCCUGGACCCGCUUUAUGAACCUGUACCAGAUAGUCAUGGCCUGGGUGGCCGAGAAACGUGUAUUCCUGGAACAAAGUAUUGAACUGAAGACCCUGCCCGAGGCCCGCAGUAAACUCAAUGAUUACGUGACGGCUGUGAAGAGUAUUAAACCCAUUGUAAAACACUUGAGCGAAAUGGACAAGGAAUUGGAACACAUAGGCCAGGUGACAACGGUUGGCGAUCUCAAGGACAAACUGCAAGAAGCCGAGGAUGCGAAGGUUGCUGUGGAAGCUGUAUUGCUAGAGAGGAACUCAUUGCUACAAGAAGCCUGCGAAGAAUGGGAUCAAUGUGAACGUAAAAUUAAGGAUAUACGCAGCUGGAUAGAGAAAACCAAACAGUCUUUGGAAUCGCCCCAACACAAAAAGAAACCGCUGAGGGAUCAGUUGGGCUAUUGCGAGAAGACAAUGGCCGAUAUAAAUGUACAGAAGACCAAACUAAGACUGUCUAUUGAAAAGUUGGAGGUCCACUUUAAGAACGGCAUGGGUGGAGAUCCACGUCUGAGCGAAAAUGUUGAUGAUUUGUUAAAGGUUCUGGAUAGCUUGGCUGGUUUGGUGAAAACCACCAGUUCUGGCUUGGAAGAAACCCUGCAACAAAUCGAUGUAUAUCAACAGCAAAUGCAAACGUUGAGGCAAAAGAUAAUCCAAGAGGAACAACAGUUGAGGCUGGUCAUGGCACCCACAUAUCUGCCACAUGAUCGUGAGCGUGCACUGGCCGAGCAACAGGCUCUACGUGCAUCCAUCGAAGAUAUGCAACAAAGAUAUGAUGGGGUUGCCGCUUUGUCAUACAAACUGGACCCACAUUCGGUGGUCGCAACAUCAUCGUCCGUUUCCAUGAUGUUGAAACCCUCUAAGAUAGGUCUGACUUACGCCGAGGUACUUACAGGUCAAUCCUCGCCCGAAUCAGAUAAAAGCCAUACUAGCCCCGUGACCUUGUCGUCUAUGACGCCCGUACAAAUCGCAAGAGAAACGCCCGAAACCAAGGUGAAUACCACAACGGAAGAGUACGUCGACGAACAGGGCAUAAUGCACAAAGUAAUCACCACCACGACAAAGACCACAAGAACGACCACCAGCUCUUCCUCGUCGUCAAGACCAGACCGCAAAAAGGCUCGUGAACAUAGAGGUAAACAUACCGCUACCCCCAACAUCACCACCACCACCGAUACAACCGACAAUGUGCCACAACCUCAAAGUGUAACGAUUAUAGAACCUCAUCCACAGCAUUCGCCGAUUGAGGAGAUGAUAUUCGAAAAUGUUCCUAGCACCACUCGCACCACCACUAAUGUCAAGUCUGAGGAAUUUUUGCACCAGGAACGUAGUAGUGCUCAACCGCAGGCCGGUAAGCAACCACUGCGUCCGCCCAGAGAACAGAGAAGAGGACGUUCUCCCAGACGAAGACAACAGCAAACCUCAGCCACAAGUGGUGCUGAACCUCAAUCGCGACACCAUUUAGCCCCCGAGGAACACCAAACCUUCCACACGACUACCACCACGACCACAGCUCAAUUGAACUUGCCCUCUGCCGAAGAUCGAACCCGCUCGAAGAGUCCCAUGUGGGCACCAGGGUCGACGUCAUAUGCUGAGGUUCUGAGGGGCAUUGAACUGGAACGACAAAGACAGGCAACUCUCAAGGCAGCUCAGCAGCAAAGAAAGGCACACCGAGAAGUCGAGCAAAGCCAGAUGGUUUCACAUGCCAACGAGCAAAAUCAAAUUACAACUACCACGACCACAACAACCUCGGAAACCGUUAUGGUUCCUAUUCAAGCGGUUCCGGAAGUGGUGCAGGCGCCACCUCAAGAAGCGCAACCCCAAAUUCAACAGGUUAGCGAGGUUGUUGUUCCCGACAACACUUAUUACACAGAGACUAUCCACGAAACCUCUGGCUAUGCCGCCACCCAAGAGCCUGUCGUUGCGCAACCCGAGCCACAACAAACCGCAAGUUCCAGCAGCUACGUAAGUACUUAUAACUCCAACAUUCCCAUGUCGGCUGAGGAGAUUCAGGCUACCUAUUUACAACCGGACCCCCAAUUGUAUCAAUCCAUGUAUGAAAAUUUGCAAGACAGCGAUCAAUGGGGAUACGUGGCCCAGCCAACGCCAGUGCAGCAGCCUUCGACCACAGAUGCCUUCUACGAACAAAUGAUGCAAGUGCAAUACACACAGCCCACAACCAUACAAACAACGUAUACGGGCUAUCAAUACCCCGCACAGGCCACACAAUACCAACUGGUUACCACCGGCUAUUAUCAGCCAAGCCAGCAACCAGCCGAUCAGACCUAUCAGAACAUUUACAAUACCAAUGAACAGAUCUAUUACCAACAACCCGGUACUCAGGAGUAUCAGCAAUAUGUUUAUGACACCCCAGUAGCCCAGCAAUUAGCGGAACCGCCACAACAAAGUCAGCCUCAACUUCAGCAACAAACUGUCCAAUACACCACCAUGGACACAUUGUCCAAUGUUGCUACGACAUUAGCCUCCAUGAUACAGCAACAGCAGCAGCAACAACAAACAACUGUUACCACCUCCACGACAGUUCAAACGACAACCAUUCAAGCAAACCAACAGCCGGAACAACCGGCCCCAACACUCUACGAACCCCAAGAAAUUCAGGUUGAAGAACCCAUACCCGACCUGACGUUCGGUCAGUUCGAUAUAAAUGAAAUAGAAAGUAUACCCCAAGAGAGUAUACCUGCCCAGCCGACCGCACCAGCAGCUGGUAUUGCCCAGCCUGCAGAAGAAAUCAGCCAAGAAAGCGCUGCUCCAGCAGUAGCAGCUCCACCACCAACACAGACGGCCAGUACUCGCCGCGAAGAGUACAUAACGUAUGUCCACGAGACGACACUGCCACAACAGCAACAAGCUCAAGUUGUGGAAGCAACCAAACCACAAAUGGCCGGUACCACAUACGCCGAAGUUUUAUUCGGUCUAAGACAUGGUCAAAAUUUCCAGCCAUCCAGUCAUCAACCCGCCCAUGUCAAAGUUGCCGCUACACCCGCCAGUGUAAGCGCCCAAACCCCUGUAAAUAAUCAGACAACCAAAACGGAAACCACGACGACAACAACGACUAAGACGACGACAAUAACGAAACCACAACCCAGCAAAUCCAAAGAUCAGAGAUUUAAAUCACCUCGCGAUGAGAGUCGCAACAAGAGACAAAAGAUGAUGGAAGAACCACAGACUGGCGCGGCAAAUGUUUACGGAGAGACCACAGUUGCUGAAGCUAGCCACAAGCCACAAAAGGCCCAGCAGCGUAAUGCUGCGGCUUCAGCAAGUGUGGAAACAUUUGAGGCGCCCAAACAACAGCCUGUGAGGAAAACCAAAAGAUCUCGAGAAGAAAAGGCCGUCUCUUUGCAAGACUUUAUCAAUUUCGAGAAACAACACUCGACGAGUACGACGACCACAACGACGAAACCUAACUCAGAACCCAAAAAAGACAAAAGGGAAGUACCCCCCACCAAGAAGAAAUCCAAAGAAGAGAAAUCUCCUCUCGUUGAGAAGAAGCCACAAAUGGCCGACAUUGUGCGAGAACAAAAGCCAACAAAAGAUACGAAAACCAAGAAGGAAGUCGCCAAAGCUGAUGCUGAGGUAAAACCGCAGAAGGAACUUCCCGUACAGAAAGACAAAAAGGACAAGAAGGAGGAACCUAAGAAACCCACAAAUGUCGAAGUGAAAGAAACUUCGAACACAAAUGUCCAGUUUAUUGAAUCCGAACAAAAACACAACGCGACCAACAAAAAAGACAAGAAACCCAAGAAGAAGUCAAGCCAAGAGGAGCAGUUCGGUGCUGAACCAUUGAGGGAAACUAAAGUGGAAACACCCGUUGCUGAACCUAAAAAGAAAACAAGUCCACAAGAGCCAAAGGAACCAGUGAAGGAAACGAAAGUUGAAGCUCCUAUUGUAGAACCCAAGACCAAACCGGAAGUGGAAGAGGUUCAGGUUAAGGAACAGCCUUCUAAAAAAUCGAAGAAGGGAAAGAAAUCCUCCGAACAAUCGAAAACUUCCACAGAGCCCAAGAAAACCGAAAAGAUAACCACCAUCGAAACCACUGAAAUCGGCUCACCACAAGUAACAACAUUCGAAAGCGAACCUCAGAUAAUAGAGAAUGUUACCUCAAGGACUACCACCCUGGAAUCCGGUGGCAUCCUCACGACCAAAACCGUGACCAAGUGCAUCACUAAGAGAAUUGUCAAAAUAAUUGUCGAUGGCAAAGAAGAAAUAGUGGAAGAAGAGGUUGUGGACGAGGCUCCACAAGAAAAUGUUGUUGUGGAAAAAAUCGAAUUGCCUACCCAGAGUGAAAACCUGGACGAUUUCACUGUGUCCAAGACCAUCUUGAAAACCGAUGGUACAAUUACCAAGACAGUCAUCAAGAAAACCAAGAGGAUCAUAAAGACCAUCACUGAAACUGGCGAAGAACUGAUUCAAGAGAUCGAUGAGGAUGAACCUGAAAUCCAGCAGGAAGUUGUGCAGUUGCCAAGCACCGAACAAACCACCAUUGUCGUGAAAGACGAAAGUGUGUGCGAAAAACCUUUCGAGGCACCACUUCAGCCAUUCGAGCAAAGAGAAAAUGGUCAAACUGUUGAAGAAGUCACAGUCGAGACCGUACGUGAGCCAGUUCAGAAAGACAACCUUCCUGUAGUGCAUGCUGUUGAACAACCACAACCAGAGGAAAAAUCCAAGGGCAAGAAAUCGAAGAAAGAUAAAAAACCCUCCGUAGAACCUAAAGUUUCCCACACAACAACUGAAGAGGUUCCAGUGGGCGAGGUCACCACUACUGUAACUACUAUGGUAAGCUCUACAAUUGUAGACUCCAAAGAGGACAGCAACGCCAAACUAGAGGAGUCUCCUAUGCCAGCCGAGGCCGUGCAAGUACUGGCACAAGAAAAGCCCAGUGAUAUUCCCGUCACGGACGAGCUUAAAAACAAAAAAUCUAAGAAAGAUAAGAAACCAUCUGUAGAAUCGAAGGUUUCGGAAACUGUUAGCUCUGCUGCCGAAAGCGAAACGAUCACCACUGUAACAACAACGGUAACCUCCACAACUGUAGACGUUAAAGAAUCGAGCGAAGUUACUGAGAGUGUUCCUGAACUCGAAACAUCAAGCCCUGAACCUGCAGCAGAACAGAAUACUGCGCCCAUUGGGGAAAUUGUUGCGGACGUAAAGUCAAUGAAAGAGACAAAAACAACCACAACAACAAGUGAAACUCUUUACUCAGCUUCGUUGGAACCUUUGGACUCUUCUGUUAUAAAAGAAGAAUUGCCCAGCAUUGUUGCUACAUCUUUAACUACUAAACCCACAACAACAGUUUCGGAAGUGUUAACAACCGAAGAGAAACCAUUGGUGGAAACGCCCAAAGAUACACCCAAGGAAAAAACGAAGAAGUCCAGAAAAGAUAAGAAGAAAUCCAAGGAACCUGAACAAAAACCAAUCGUUGAAGAUGUUCAGAUGCAAGAAAAUGUCCAAACAGUUGUUGAUCAUCAGCAGAGCACAUCUGAAGUCAAAACCACAACAACAAUAUCCACUACAACAACAGUGGUUGAGUCUCAGGAGGAGAAACCAGAAGAUAUUUAUUCUGCUCCUCUGGAACCAAUCGAAACAGUUGCAAAUGAAGAACAGCCAGGAAUCGAGAUAUUACCCGAAGAACCUGCAAAGGCACUUAAAGACGCAAAGAAAGAUUCAGAACCAGCAGAAGUUAAGACAUCUCAACCAAUUGAAUUAGUUGCAAAUGAAGAACAGCACAAAUUCGAGGUAUUACCUGAAGAACCUGCAAAGGCACCUAAAGAUACAAAGAAAGAUCCAAAACCAACAGAAGUUAAGACAUCUCAACCUGUCGAGAAUUUAGUUAACGUGACCUCAGCGAAACCUUUGCAAAUGGUGGAACAAGAGAAGCACAUUUCAAAAUCUGAAAAUCUUCAUGUUGCAGAAACUGUCCGGGAAAUUGUCACCAUUGAGUCCAAAGAUACUUCAGAACCGUUACAAACUUUGCAGGAAGAAAAGUCACUUCCAGAAGCUAUAGCAACAGUUGAGACCACCAUUACUGAAUCAAGCGCCUGGGAUCAACAAACUCGUAUGGAAGAAAAUGUGACCGAAACUGUAUCGACCAUUACCACAAACAUCACAACGACUGAGUCCCAAGAAAUCCCAGUGCCAGUUUCGGCUGAGCCAAAUUCAGGUGAAAAAGUGCCACAAUCCGCGGAUGAUGCGAAGGCAAAAUCGCCCUACACCGUUCCUUUGCAACCCAUUGAAGAUUCCGUGCAAAAUAUUCAGGUUGUAGAAAUUAUUUCCGAGCCUGAAAUUGUUUCGACAGAAGUUAUUGUUGAUACCCUUAAGAGAACCCUCGAAGCCGCGGCAUUGGAACAAACACAGGUUCCGGAACAACCUCAAACUUCCGCGGAAUCUCCAGUUGUCACUGAGCCCGCAAGGGAGGCAAUUAGAACUACUGAACACGUUCUUUCCGAGUCCGUCGAUGUACCGACCACCACUACAGUCACACAGGUCGUUCAAGGAGGCACCGUUACCAGGACAUUGACCACCAUCACUAAACGCAUUGUCAAGCGUAUCACGGAAGAUGGAGAAGAAAUCAUCGAAGAAGUCUCCGACGAAGAACCACAAGUUAUUCAAGAUGUGACUGAGCUGCCCGUUACUGUCCAAACAUCGGUGUCCCCGGUGCCAUUUGAACAUGUUGCCGAUUCCGAUGUGACUUCGACCACUACAUCGCAGAUUAUUCGUGGUGGUUCCGUUACCCGAACCUUAACCACAAUAACCAAGCGUAUUGUCAAGCGCAUCGAUGAAAAUGGCCAGGAAGUUGUUGAGGAAGUUUUCGAUGAGGAGCCAGUUGUCAAACAAGAAGUAUUGGAAUUACCUACAAAAACCGAAACUUAUGUAGUGUCGGGCGAACCCAAAGAAGACAACAAAGCGGAAGUCAAUGUUCCCGAAACUCAGCUACCUUCUACUGGAGCCACGGCACAAAUUGUCCAAGGUGGCACCAUCACCCGAACACUGACUACCAUUACCAAACGUAUCAUAAAGCGAAUCAAUGAAAACGGCGAGGAAGUCAUUGAAGAAGUAUUUGACGAAGAGCCAGUUGUUACCAAGGAAGUUUCUGAAUUGCCAACGACCACUCAAACCACAAUUGUUUUUGAGGAACCGACAAAGGAACAAAACGAGGAAAUUACCACCACAACCAGUGAACCGGUUACCACAACCACUUCGCAGGUAAUUCAAGGUGGUACUAUAACCAAAACACUGACCACCAUUACCAAACGUAUUAUCAAGCGAAUCAACGAAAAUGGCGAGGAAAUAACCGAAGAAGUUUUCGACGAGGAGCCCAAGGUUACACAAGAGGUCACCGAACUGCCAAUGAAGACUGAAAUAUCUGUGGUAACAACACCUACAGCUGAUUCUCCAAAAGAAGUGAAUGCCGAAAAGCCAGUGGCCGAAGAUCAAACCGUGACGAAGACUACGACAACAACUACGAAGCGUAUUACUAAGCGUAUCACUGACAAAGCCGAAGAACCACUGUCCGAACAGCUCUUCGAAGCGCCCUUGCAACCUCUGUCUGAGAAGACGGAUGCCGAACACAAACACACAACAGAGCCCCUGACCGAAACAAGUGCAACUUCCCCAACCACCGACGAACCCCAACGCGAAGGCGGUGUGGUAAAGACUACAAUAAUACGCACCACCAAGAAGAUCAAGAAAAUUAAGAACGAAGAAAAUUGUGAAACAGAAGAGGUCACCACAACAAAAGCCCCUGCUGCAGAUAGUCCAGCGGAGGGCAUUGAUGCACCCAAGCCUGAAGAUCGCAAAGAAAAAGAACCGGAGCCAGUGGUUAAGGAACCUGUAGAAACUGCACCCAUUGAAGAAUCCUCGUGGGAAUCAUCGGAUGUGAGUGGUGAAGUCAUUAAGAAAACUAUUGUACGCACUACGAAGAUCGUUAAGAAGAUUUCUCAAAAUUCUGAAAGUGAACUUAUCUCAACGGCGGAUGAGCAAUCCCCGACUGAAGUUACAGAAAGCAAACAGGAACCAACUGAAAUGGCCCUGGAGCCUGUCCAGGCCUUGGAAGCGGAGGAAGCUGGUGGCGUGGUCAAAACAACAACCAUUCGAACAACUAAGAUUGUCAAACGCAAAUCGCAAGACACUGAAACUUCCGAAGAUAUGUCGAUUUCUUCCCAAUCUGAAUCUGAAACGGCUCCUCCCACCAUUAUUGAGGAACCAAGUGAAACGGUUAGCGUUACCACCAACCAAUUGGAUGGUGCCAUUAUCAAAACCACCACCAUACGCACGAUGCGCAUUGUUAAGAAGAUUUCGCAGGACGGUCGUGUUGUCAUGGAAGAAUCUGACGAGACUCCAGAAGAUGACGUUGUGGUCAAAUCGACCAUUGAAAUACCCGACAGUUCCGAGACGGACAAGACAAUAUCCUCCUCCUCCACAUCUGUUUCACGCAGUAGCAGUUAUAGUAGCAACGCUAGGUUGUUAGGUGCAACACCUGAACCCCAGGAAAUAGUUCUGAGUGGUUUGGAGGAGGUUGCCAAGACAUCUGACAGCUCUGCCACUGGUGUAAGGAUUGUAGGUAUAGAGACAGUAGCUUUGCCCAUGACACCCAAACCGACCUCCACCUCAACCACUACCACCACCACAACUCAAUUACACCAAUCACAAAACACAGACAGUCAAGACAGUUCCACUUUCACUACCACCACCACAACUACCACCAAAUUUACCUCGAAACAUACCGCUCUUUCAAUGGCUCAAAGAUGUAGCUUUGAAUCCGACGAUGGUAAGAACGUAGUCUAUGUAGGCGAUGGCAUCGAUGGCAAGUAUCCACCCGGUAGCGUACAGAAAAUCUCCCUCAUUACCCAUGAGGAGAAGCACAAGACACCCAUAGUUAAGAUGCAUUUAGAUUUCCCCGAAGUGAGCCUUCGCGUUACCGAAACUGUGACCGAAAAUGUAGAGGCAGGAAUCAAUGUUAGUGACGAAGUGGAGAAGGUAAUAGAGAAAUUGCCUGAACCACUUGUGGACAACAAGGAGUUCAUUCAUGAGAUUGACGAAGAGUGUGAAGUACCCGCUGAGGUUAUUGUAGGUAGGAAAGAGAUUUUGACCCAAGUAGUCCAGGAAGAUGUUAAGGUAGAGGAUGUUGUUGACAAAUCCCAACCACAUCCAGUUGACGCUCAGUUAGUACAACAAGAAGAGGUAGAAGUUAGGCCCGUCGAAGAUAUUCAGGUUAGCGAGAAGGAUGUCAUACCCGAACUAGGUGAAAUGACCCCUGAAGAGGAAUCUCUCUUCAAGGAAAUCCAGAGACAGUUAGCUAAGAAAGAUAAGAAGAAGCGUCCAGCCCUGCCCGAAGAAUUCAUUAAGGCUGAAAGCGUUAGGGAAACACCUGAGUCCACAAAAUUGGCUGAACCAUUAGAAAAUGCAAAGGAGGUCGAAGAAGUCUCGACCACCGCUAUCAGUCCCAAAGAAGAAGAGCAAACCACACUUGUUUCUAAUACUAAUAUUGUUGUUGUUGAUGUUCCUAAAGCAGACGAUACAAUUGCUAAAAAUACUACUAGUCUGGUAAGCACCACCACUACACUGAAAGCUACUGAGCUUGCAACUAACAUACAUAGCGUCGUAAGUCCGUCCGCUUUACUCUUUGAAAUCCCCAAAUACUAUUUGCCGCAAAUGCUCUUGGCUGAAAGCAGCUAUUAUAUAUUAAGAUCUAGUGAACAACAGCAACAGGUCAACAAGGAUGAUGAGCAAAUUGCAACAACAACAACAACAACAGCAAUCACAGACGAGCAUGUAACCAAAUUUGAAAAGGAAUCUCCGACAGAUAAACCAUUUGAGGCACCUUUGCAGCCAUUCCCCGAGCAGGUGACGGUCUCAACUAUUGUUGAGAAGUCCGAGGUUGAAGUUGUCCCCGAGGCAGCUGAACCUCAACCUGUAGUCAGUUACUACAACUUUGAAAUUCCCAAAUAUAAUGUUGGAGCUUUCAAUCGAGCAGAAUCACAAAUGUUGCUUACUAAAGAAUCGGAGCAGAAAGAAGUCGUCGAAUCGCUUACCGAAACUACGACUUGCGUCGAACAACAAAUUACAGAAGUUCAGGAAAUACCAGAAACUACCGAAAUUGUAGAAUCUGUUAAACCUGAAACUGAACCCGAAAUUGUAUUAACUGACCAAACCAAGGAACCAGAAUCAGUUGAAUCAACCGAAGAGAGCACUGAAAUUAAGGAGACUGAAACAACAGUUACUUCGGUUCAACAAAUUGUGGAGGAGCAUGUUACAACAACCUCAGAAGUAAUCAAUGAAAAGAUUACCGAAACAUUAGUUGAGGAGGAGAAAUCCUUCCCAGCUGAGACCAAGAAGACAACUGAACCAGAAGUUUCUACCAUUUCCGAAACAGAGACAUUCUACAACUUUGAAAUUCCCAAAUAUAAUUUGGGUGCUUUUAACGUUGCGGAACAGCAAAUGGUACUAACAACCGUUAAACCUGUUGAGAUUGAGAAAGAGGAAUCUGUUAAGGAGAUUGUUCAUCCAGUCGAACAACCUGAAACUAAUGCUGAAGAAAAACCCGUCGAAGAGAAAACCCUCACUGAACCAGAAGUACCAGCUGGAGCAUCUGAACCUGAAUCUAAAGAGCAGUUGGAUAAUUACUACAACUUCGAAGUUCCCAAAUUUAAUGUCAAUGCCUUUAACGUUGCAGAAAAACAAUUUAUUCUGACCACAUUGUCAAGGGAAGAAACCGAGGAGAUUGUACAACAAGUUGAACAACCAGAACAAAUGGUUGAAACACCAGUCCCGAAGGAAGACGAUGUAGUUCUUGAACAAGAACCACAACAGGAAACUUUCGAGGAAGUCGUUAUUGAGAAACCAUUCUCAGCCCCAUUACAACCAUUCUCCGAAGAAGUUGCAGAACUAGAAGCGCAACCAACACCCGACAACUAUGUCAACUUUGAAAUUCCCAAAUACAAUGUAGGAGCUUUCAAUGAAGCUGAAUCAAAACUUGUGCUUUCCUUAAGCCGCAAGGAAACUGAGCAAGUUGUAGAGGAUCAAGUAGAAGAACUAGCUGAUAUCCCGAAACAAGAGACCAACGAAUCGGUUUCUCAAGUGCCAGAGACGACAGUAGAAGAACCCCAAGCCGAAAAGGUUGAGAAUGUAGUCCAAGAAACACCUUUAGAACCACUUGUCGAACAAAAGGCUGAAGAAAUUGUAACAACAACAACAGAAACAACAACCAAAGUUACUGUCGAAACCACUGUAUCCGAAAAAGAAUCAGAGGAACCAAAGAAACCUGCUUAUGCUGGUUUGCCAAUCGAUGACUCCACCAAUACUUGGAUGGAUGUCAUCGACGAGCCUAUGGUACUUUCUGAUGACGAGGAACCAGAGACUGCUCCAGAACAACAACCUGAACCUGUGUUAGCAAAGGAACCAGAAACUGUUGAAGUUGAAGAAACACUUAAAGACAAACCUAUCGAGAAUGAAAAACCGUUUGAAUCGCCUAUGGAGCCUCUUGCCGAGCAGGUGACCGACACUACCACCACAGUCACUGAAACAAUCUCCACGGUCACAGUUGAAACCACUGAAAUGGAGACAAAGAAGACAGAGGAACCCAAGAAACCUGCUUAUGCUGGUUUGCCAAUAGACGAAUCCACCAAUACUUGGAUGGAUGUCAUCGACGAACCUGUGGUACUUUCUGACGAAGAAGAAACAGUGACUGCUCCAGUACCGGAGAAACUGCCUGAAUCUGUAUUACCAAGGGAACCAGAGACAGUGCAAGUUCAGGAAACAUCUGAAGAAAAGGCAGUUGUUGUCGAAAAACAAGUUGAACCAACUGUGGAACCCAUUGUCGAACCAAAGACUGAAGAUAUUGUUUCCACAGUCACAGAAACUACCACCACCACUGUCACAGUUGAAACAACUGAAAUGCAAAAGAUGGCGGAGGAACCCAAGAAACCUGCUUAUGCUGGUCUGCCAAUCGACGAAACCACCAACACUUGGAUGGAUGUCAUUGACGAGCCUAUGGUACUUUCUGAUGAUGAAGAACCAGCAACAUCUCCAGCACAGGAGAAACAGCCUGAAUCUGCAUUGCCAAUUGAACCAGAAACAAUCAUGGUUGAAGAAACACCUAAACACCAGGACAAAGGAGACGAAAAACCAUUCGAAGCACCUAUGGAACCCCUUGUCGAACCAAUGACUGACGACAACGUUUCCCCUACAACAGAAACAAUUUCCACUGUCACAGUUGAAACCACUGAGGUGGAGAUGAAGAAGACAGAGGAGCCCAAGAAACCUGCUUAUGCUGGUUUGCCAAUAGACGAAUCCACCAACACUUGGAUGGAUGUCAUCGACGAGCCUAUUGUACUUUCUGAUGAAGAAGAAACAGUGACUGCUCCUGAACAACAAUCUGAAUCAACAACAUCUGAAGAAAAGACAGUUAUGGUCGAAAAGCUAGUUGAUCCAACUGUGGAACCCAUUGUCGAACCAAAGACUGAAGAUAUUGUUUCCACAGUCACAGAAACUACCACCACCACUGUCACAGUUGAAACAACUGAAAUGCAAAAGAUGGCGGAGGAACCCAAGAAACCUGCUUAUGCUGGUCUGCCAAUCGACGAAACUACCAACACUUGGAUGGAUGUUAUUGACGAGCCUAUGGUGCUUUCUGAUGAUGAAGAACCAGAAACAUCUCCAGUACAGGAGAAACAGCCUGAAUCUGUGUUGCCAAGGGAACCAGAAACAGUCAUCGUUGAAGAAACACUUAAACACCAGGACAAAGGAGAUGAAAAACCAUUCGAAGCACCUAUGGAACCCCUUGUCGAACCAGAUACUGAGGACACUGCUUCCACUACAACAGAAACAGUUACCACUGUCACUGUUGAAACGACUGAAGUGGCUUUAAAGAAGACAGAGGAACCCAAGAAACCUGCUUAUGCUGGUUUGCCAAUAGACGAAUCCACCAACACUUGGAUGGAUGUCAUCGACGAGCCUAUGGUACUUUCUGAUGAAGAAGAAACAGUGACUGCUCCUGAACAACAAUCUGAAUCAACAACAUCUGAAGAAAAGACAGUUGUGGUCGAAAAGCUAGUUGAUCCAACUGUUGAACCCAUUGUCGAACCAAAGACUGAAGAUAUUGUUUCCACAGUCACAGAAACUACCACCACCACUGUCACAGUUGAAACAACUGAAAUGCAAAAGAUGGCGGAGGAACCCAAGAAACCUGCUUAUGCUGGUCUGCCAAUCGAUGAAACCACCAACACUUGGAUGGAUGUCAUUGACGAGCCUAUGGUGCUUUCUGAUGACGAACAGCCAGAGAAUGUCACAGUAGAGGAACAUCAACCUGAAUCUAUAGCACCAAAGACACAAGAAACUGCAACAGUUGAAGAAACACCUAAAGAAAAGGAAACUGUGGCCGAAACGCCUGUAGAACCCCUUGUUAAGGAAGCGAUCAAUGAUACUGUUUCAACCUCAACAGAAACCACAACAGUCAUAGUUGAAACCACGGAAAUAGAACUAAAAUCUGCUGAACCCAAGAAACCUAUUGUACCUUCCGAUGAGGAAGGAGAGGAUAAGGAAACAACCGUCGUAAAAGAAUCCACCUCUGCGAAAUCUUCGACUGACAAAGCAUUCGAAUCUCCAUUAGAACCACUGGCAAAUACCGAAAACGAAGAACCUAAAGAAAUCUCAGUUACAACAACUACCGACGAAGUCAGUGAAACCGUCACCGAAUCCUUGACAUCAGAUGAAUCUUCCCCAGUUCUUGUAGCUUCUCCGGAACCAACAAAUAUUGAAAAGGUUGUUAUCACCCAGGACAUAAGCAAAAUUAAAGAAUUUGUUCCCAGACGACCCUCCGAACAAAUGCAUCCAGUGUUUGUGGAACUUUCAACCGAUCUCCCACAACAACAGUGGACCGAUACUCCUGACGAGCCCAUCGUUCAGCAAGAUGAGAAAACAAUUAUUGAUACCUGGUCUAGCGUUCUGGAGGACACGACACCAAACGUUGCCUCCAUAGCUAUGACAUCGAAGCUUUCCGCCGAUGCUCCAGAGUUCACACCCUCAUAUUUGCGUCAUGCCUACUCUGACCAAACCCACACAUUCUUGGCCAAUGAGAGAAUUUAUAAUGAAUUUGUGCCGAGAAGUAGGCAGUCGCGUAAGCCCCAGGAGAAGGUCCAAGCUCCCGGAAAAACAUCUAAGAAACAUCCGAAAUCACCAAAACGACAAGACAAGUUGCCUAAGCCUGAAAAGGUAGAGAAGUUCUCGGAUGUGUUCCAAUCCAUUCAAACACAGCAACAACAGAAAACGGUGGACACCUUUGAGCCCUUGGUCUCCGAGGAUGUUGCGGAGGAAACCCCCAAUGUCUGGCAACAAGCUGCUGCCAAUGGCAAAACUUAUGCUGAUAUUCUCUUGGAGUCGAAAUCAGACGUAGUUGUCGAACCUACGCCACUGGAAGCCACUAAACAAUCUGUACGACCAGCUGAGGUUGUUACCAAAACCGAAGCAAAAGAAAAACCAGAAAAACAGAAGAAAGAAAAACCAACGAAGGAAAGGAAGGACAAGAAGGCAAAGAAAUCGCCCCAACGGGAGCCAAUUGAAGAGUUCAUUGUCAAGCCUGAACCACAUACGUCUUCAGAAUCAGACAGCGAUAAGCCACAAACUGACGUACCACAAGCAACGGAGGACGUGGAAACGGCAACAACGACAACUACCACAACUAAGUCGGAAUUCUCAUGGGCCGCCUUGGUUCAAAAGCCAGGCGAAUGGGUUGACGACACAUUGAGGAAGAAGCAAAAACCAGCAGCAGAACCUGUGGCGGUUGAGGAAUCUAAAGAGCCGUCCAAACCCAAGAAAGAAAAGCCCAAGAAGGUUAAAUCUAAAAAGGAUGAAACCCGCAAACCUUUGUCCACGCCUUUACAAACCACUUCAGAAGAAGAUAAUGUUGCGGAAGAACUAAAACCAGUUAAGUUAACCGAGCAAGAAUCUUUGGCGGCAGAAGAACCUGAAACCAUCAUUAAAGUACAAGAAGAACAUGCCAUCACGGAGCAGAAGGACGUCCAGGUGAAUACCUCAACAUGGGCUGCUUUGGUGAAACGUCCAGGCGAAUGGAUUGAUACCAUAACAUCCAAAGGUAAGAAGCCUGAGAAACCUGUACAGGAAAAGAAAGAGGAGCCCACAAAAGUUAAGGACAAAAAAUCUAAACAAAAUCGUGAUCAAUCCAAAUCGAAACAAACCGAUUCUGAUGAUAGCGACAAAUCGCCAAGGAAACGUAAGGAAAGAAAGUCCAAGAAAGAAGAACCCCUGGCUAAGCCUGUUGAGAAAGAACCCGUUGUGGUCGUUGAGGAUUCGCCUGUGAUUGAGUUCGAAAAACCUGUCGAGCCCCAACAGCCUGAACCACAAAACAAUGGCUUCUCGUGGGCUUCAUUGGUUAAAAAACCUGGCGAGUGGAUUGAUGAUAUCAGUCAACGAAAGAAGUCGCCAGUUCGUCAACCUGAGGCAACUAAGAUCCAAGCGCCGAAGAAAUCAGAGAAAUCACAAAAAGUAAAACCCGAGCCGAAGCGCAAGCAAGAAAAGUCUGCUCGCUUUUACGAUGACGAUUACGUUGAAAUUCCACACAAAACCGAACCAGCUACAAAGGUUGUGGAAGAACCUGUUAUAGAGGUCGAAGUUCAACAACCGGCUGAAGAUACCAACACCAUCACUUGGGCCAAGAUUGCCAGUCAAAUAGAUCGCAUGGAAGACACUCCCAAACCUAAACCUGCUAAAGAAGUGAAACCGGCAAAACAAGAACCAGUCGAGAUGCCCAAGAAGAAGAACAAGAAGGAUACACCGAAGAAGGAACAGGUGCCAAUACGUGUCGAAGAGAUCGAGAAAUCUACCCCUCAAGUUGAUCCAUAUGAAGCCUCCGCUCCCUCGUGGGCUAACAUUGUGAGCGAAAGCACUAGCAGUUUCUUGGAAGCCGAAAAGCGUGCAAUGUCAGGAAAGAAAAAGAUUGAUACCACCUCUUGGACGGCUAUGUUCGAAGACGAAGAUAUCGAAGAACAGCUGGUUGAAAAAGUAGAGCCUGCAAGACAACAGUUUGUGGAAGAAACACAACCAGACAAGGUGGAAGACACGCUAUUUACCGCGCCACUGCAACCUAUUGACAAAACUGAAGAUGAGCCCAACAAGACGGAAGCUAUUGAAACAAAAGAAGAAUCCAACGUUUCCAGCGAAGCUGUUGAAGAAUCUAUGCAAGUCUUCGAAGAAACAGAAAACCCGCUUGAAGAGCUUGAGAAAGAUGUUGAGGAACCAAGGGAGCUGCAGUCAAUGGAAUUGAAAGAAACAUCGACUGAAACUGUUGUUACCGAAAUUACGGAGAUGAUAACCGAGGAAACUUUGCACAUCGAAACGGAAUCCAAGAACAUUGAGAAAGAAACACAACCAAAUGCUGCUGAGCCUAAGCCAGUCACAGAGGAACUAAAACAAGUUCCUGAAGAACCCGUUAAAGUGACCGAAGAGCCUAAGAAACCUGCUUAUGCCGGUUUGCCAGUUGACGAUUCAACAAACGCUUGGAUGAAUGUAAUCGAUGAACCGAUGGUGUUCUCCGACGAUGAAACCGAAGCAGAGCCAGUUCCAUAUACGGCUCCUUUGGAACAAAUUCGAACAACUGAAGCUAUUGAAGAAAUUUCUACUGAUGUCGUCAAAGAAACAACGAUUGUUACUGUGUUUACAGAGACCACGGACAAGGUCACAUUAUUGGAAGAAGCACAACCAGUUACUGAGGAAACUCAACAAGUUUCCAAAGAGCCAACAGUUGUUUCUGAACAUGUUGACCCAGUUCCUUCUGCAGAGACAGCUGAGAAGGUCACAGAAAAACAAGAACCUCAACCUGCUAACGAGAAAGUUCCCAAAGAGCCAGAACACGUCAAAUCUGUAGCUGAAGAACCCAAGGAAGUUACGAAACCUGCCUAUGCCGGUUUGCCAGUCGAUGAAUCCACAAAUGCUUGGAUGGAUGUUAUGGAUGAACCUAUGACAUUCUUCGAUGAUGAAGCAGAAACUGAGCCAGCCCCAUAUGUAGCUCCUUUGGAAGAAUUACAAACAACUGAAUCUGUCGAAGAGACUUCUGCUAAUGUUGUUAAGGAAACAACGAUUGUUACUGUGGUGACAGAGACCACUGAUAAGGUCACAGAAAUUCAAGAGCCACAACUAGUUACCGAGGAAACUCAACAAGUUUCCAAAGAGCCAACGGCAGUUCAGCAAGUUCCGGAACAAGUUACACCACAGAUCACGGAAAAGGUCACAGAAAAAGAAGAACCACAACCUGUCAUUGAAGAAGUUCCCAAAGAGCCAGAACAAGGCAAUCCAGUUUCUGAAGAACCCAAAGAAGUAACGAAACCUGCCUAUGCAGGUUUGCCAGUCGAUGAAUCCACAAAUGCUUGGAUGGAUGUUAUGGACGAACCUAUGACAUUCUCUGAUGAUGAAGCAGAAACUGAGCCAGCUCCAUAUGCAGCUCCUUUGGAACAAUUACAAACAACUGAAGCUAUUGAAGAAAUUUCUACUGAUGUCGUCAAAGAAACAACGAUUGUUACUGUGUUUACAGAGACCACGGACAAGGUCACAUUAUUGGAAGAAGCACAACCAGUUACUGAGGAAACUCAACAAGUUUCCAAUGAGCCAACAGUUGUUUCUGAACAUGUUGACCCAGUUCCUUCUGCAGAGACAGCUGAGAAGGUCACAGAAAAACAAGAACCUCAACCUGCUAACGAGGAAGUUCCCAAAGAGCCAGAACAAGUCAAAUCUGUAGCCGAAGAACCCAAGGAAGUUACGAAACCUGCCUAUGCCGGUUUGCCAGUCGAUGAAUCCACAAAUGCUUGGAUGGAUGAACCUAUGACAUUCUCUGAUGAUGAAGCAGAAACUGAGCCAGCUCCAUAUGCAGCUCCUUUGGAACAAUUACAAACAACUGAAUCUGUCGAAGAGACUUCUGCUAAUGUUGUUAAGGAAACAACGAUUGUUACUGUGGUUACAGAGACCACUGACAAGGUCACAGAACUUCAAGAACAAGUUACUGAGGAAACUCAACAAGUUUCCAAAGAGCCAACGGUAGUUCAGCAAGUUCCGGAACAAGUUACACCACAGAUCACGGAAAAGGUCACAGAAAAAGAAGAACCACAACCUGUCAUUGAAGAAGUUCCCAAAGAGCCAGAACAAGUCAAACCAGUUUCUGAAGAACCCAAAGAAGUAACGAAACCUGCCUAUGCAGGUUUGCCAGUCGAUGAAUCCACAAAUGCUUGGAUGGAUGUUAUGGACGAACCUAUGACAUUCUCUGAUGAUGAAGCAGAAACUGAGCCAGCUCCAUAUGUAGCUCCUUUGGAAGAAUUACAAACAACUGAAUCUGUCGAAGAGACUUCUGCUAAUGUUGUUAAGGAAACAACGAUUGUUACUGUGGUGACAGAGACCACUGACAAGGUCACAGAAAUUCAAGAGCCACAACAAGUUACUGAGGAAACUCAACAAGUUUCCAAAGAGCCAACGACAGUUGAGCAAGUCCCGGCACAAGUUGACCAAGUUCCUUCUGCAGAGACAGCUGAGAAAGUCACAGAAAAACAAGAACCACAACCUGUUACUGAGGAAGUUCCCAAAGAACCAGAACAGGUCAAAUCAGUUCCUGAAGAACUCAAGGAAGUUACGAAACCCGCCUAUGCCGGUUUGCCAGUCGAUGACUCCACAAAUGCUUGGAUGGAUGUUAUGGAUGAGCCUAUGGCAUUCUCUGACGAAGAAACCGAAACAGAGCCAGCUCCAUAUGCAGCUCCUUUGGAAAAAUUACAAACAACUGAAUCUGUCGAAGAGACUUCUGUUAGUGUUGUUAAGGAAACAACGAUUGUUACUGUGGUGACAGAGACCACUGACAAGGUCACAGAAAUUCAAGAGCCACAACUAGUUACUGAGGAAACUCAACAAGUUUCCAAAGAGCCAACGGCAGUUGAGCAAGUUCCGGAACAAUUUAAACCAGAGAUCACGGAAGAGGUCACAGAAAAACAAGAACCACAACCUGUUAUUGGAGAAGUUCCCAAAGAGCCAGAACAAGUCAAACCGGUUUCUGAAGAACCCAAGGAAGUUACGAAACCUGCCUAUGCCGGUUUGCCAGUCGAUGACUCUACAAAUGCUUGGAUGGAUGUUAUGGAUGAACCUAUGGCAUUCUCUGACGAAGAAACCGAAACAGAGCCAGCUCCAUAUGCAGCUCCUUUGGAAAAAUUACAAACAACUGAAUCUGUCGAAGAGACAUCUACUAAUGUUGUAAAGGAAACAACGAUUGUUACUGUGGUGACAGAGACCACUGACAAGGUCACAGAAAUUCAAGAGCCAGUUACUGAGGAAACUCAACAAGUUGACCAAGUUCCGGCACAAGUUGAUACAGUUCCUUCAGCAGAGACAGCUGAGAAAGUCACAGAAAAACAAGAACCACAACCUGCUACUGAGGAUGUUCCCAAAGAGCCAGAACAGGUCAAAUCAGUUCCUGAAGAACCCAAGGAAGUUACGAAACCCGCCUAUGCCGGUUUGCCAGUCGAUGACUCCACAAACGCUUGGAUGGAUGUUAUGGAUGAACCUAUGGCAUUCUCUGACGAAGAAACCGAAACAGAGCCAGCUCCAUAUGCAGCUUCUUUGGAAAAAUUACAAACAACUGAAUCUGUCGAAGAGACUUCUACUAAUGUUGUAAAGGAAACAACGAUUGUUACUGUGGUGACAGAGACCACUGACAAGGUCACAGAACUUCAAGAACAAGUUACUGAGGAAACUCAACAAGUUUCCAAAGAGCCAAUGGCAGUUGACCAAGUUCCGGCACAAGUUGAUACAGUUCCUUCAGCAGAGACAGCUGAGAAAGUCACAGAAAAACAAGAACCACAACCUGCUACUGAGGAUAUUCCCAAAGAGCCAGAACAGGUCAAAUCAGAUCCUGAAGAACCCAAGCAAGCUACGAAACCCGCCUAUGCCGGUUUGCCAGUCGAUGACUCCACAAACGCUUGGAUGGAUGUUAUGGAUGAACCUAUGGCAUUCUCUGACGAAGAAACCGAAACAGAGCCAGCUCCUUUGGAAAAAUUACAAACAACUGAAUCUGUCGAAGAGACGUCUGUCGUAAAGGAAACAACGAUUGUUACCGUGGUAACAGAGACCACUGACAAGGUCACAGAAAUUCAAGAGCCACAACAAGUUACUGAGGAAACUCAACAAGUUUCCAAAGAGCCAACCGCAGUUGAGCAAGUUCCGGAACAAUUUAAACCAGAGAUCACGGAAAGGGACACAGAAAAAGUAGAACCACAACCUGCUACUGAAGAAGUUCCCAAAGAACCAGAACCAAUCAAAUCAGCUCCUGAAGAACCCAAGGAAGUUACGAAACCCGCCUAUGCCGGUUUGCCAGUCGAUGAAUCCACAAAUGCUUGGAUGGAUGUUAUGGAUGAACCGAUGGCAUUCUCUGACGAAGAAACCAAAACAGAGCCAGCUCCAUAUGCAGCUCCUUUGGAACAAAUCCAAACAACUGAAUCUGUUGAAGAGACUUCUGUGGUAAAGGAAACGACAAUUGUUACUGUGGUAGCAGAGACCACUGACAAGGACACAGAAAUUCAAGAACCACAACCAGUUACUGAGGAUGUUUCCAAAAAGCCAAAUGCGGUUGAGCAAAUUCUUGAACAAGUUGAGCUUGUUGCUGAAGCAACCGAGCAGGAUAAGAAUCCUGCUUAUGCCGAAGUAUUACACCAAGUUCCUGUAGAAGAACCAUCAGUUAAAGUAUUAGAGAAACCUUCUGUCGAUGAAGUUCAAGUGCCCGAAAAACCGUUCACUGCCCCAUUGCAACCACAUACCGAAGUUGUAGAAGAAAAUACCACAGUAGAUGCAACUCAAGUGGCAACAGCUGAAUUGGCAUCAUCGGAAACUGAAUCAUCUUGGACGUCGACUGUUUCCCAGGAAUAUGUAACUGGAAUUGUGAAAUCACACGAUGACAAACCAACAACAGAAUCAACCCAAAUCAGUACUGCCUUCGAUCUGCCCCAACUGGAUGUUUCAUGGAAGGACGACGCCAUGGUCGAACUUAUUGAAGAAGCGGAAGAAGCUAUGGAGACUGUGGAGUUGAAGCAGACUAAACCUUCUACCACAUAUGCCGAUAUGCUGAAACAAACGACUGAAUUUAUUGAUUUAGAGAAGAAACACAUUCACCAACGUCCUGUCACUGUUACCCCUGUAGAGCCUCCAAAAACCGAGGAUAAUAAACAGAAGGUAUCUGAUAUUCCUGUGAAGGAGGAAAAACCGAUGAAGACCGAAAAACAUAAGAAGGAAAAGAAGGAGAAGACUAUCGCUGACGAUUUGAAACCACAUGACGUUGAAAGCGUUCAGGAAGAAACACAGGAUACUACCGUCAUUAAAACCGAAGAACUCACUGAUGCAACGACAACCAGUGUGGAAACCACCACCACAACUAUCACUAACAAAAUGUCAUGGUCUUCGAUAGUUCAACAGGUUCCAGAACCAGCAAUAGAAGAAACAAAGGCACAAGACGUUAAGCCGAUAGAGGAGCCUAAAGGCGACAAACCAAAAGAUACUAAGGACAAACGCGAAAAGAAGAACAAGAAACCAAAAACUAGGGUUGAAGUUGAGGACAGUCAACCUGAACCUGAAGUGCAGCCACAAGCAGUUGUUGUGGCUGAGCCAACCACAGAGAAGAAACCUAUCACCACUAUUGAGGAAAAAACUUCCUCCACGACAAUGGAAUUGCCCACUCAAACAACUAAAAUGUCAUGGUCUUCAAUUGUUCAACUGGCCCCCGAACCAGAAGCUCCGCAACAGGUGAAUAUCCCCGCAGAACCUAGCGGAGGCGCUGAACCGAAAACAUCAUUGGCUCAACAAACGGCUAUGUUCCUCGAAACUGAGAAAGUCAAGGCUGAACCUAAAAAGAAACGAGAGAAGAAAGACAAAAAACAAACUCUCCGCAAGCCUAGUCCCGAGAAAAGUGAAAUUGUUGUGGAACACAAACCAGAGGAACGUGCGAACGAGCCGGUGGCUAGUGAACAAGAGAUAGUUGAAGUUACAGACGUCACUACCGCCGUCUCCGAAGCAUUGGAAACAACUUCAGUCACAACUACUUCACAAAUAAUGUCAUGGUCCUCUAUUCUUCAACAAGCUCCUGAGCCUACUGUCGAGGAAGCAAAGAAAGAAGAGUCGAAGAAGCCCGAAUCUAAGGAAUCAGAAAUGAUUGCGACUGAGCCAGCAAGAAAGCGUGAAAAGAAGACCAAGAAACAUGCUUCUCGCAAGUCCAGUCCAGAAAAGGACGAAACUGUUGUAGAACCAAAACAGGAAGAAAUUCCUGCAGCAGAGAAGCCCGCGGUCAUCGAUAAAACACCUGAAACUGUGAUCACUCAACAAGAAGAUAUUGUUGUUUCGAAGACCAUUUCCUCCACUUCCGAGACUUUAGAAACGACGUCACCAACAAUGUCAUGGUCUUCCAUUCUUCAGCAAGCUCCAGAGCCAGUUCUGGAGGAAGUUAAAAAACCUGAACCCAAGGAGGAAAGCAAGAAACCUUCUGUGGCACAAAAAACUGCCAUUUUCCUCGAAACCGAGAAGGCAAAGACCGAACCUCAAAAGAAGCGAGAAAAGAAGGACAAGAAAAAGGAUGCUAGAAAGACUAGCGCCGAAAAGAGCGAUGUUGUUGACGAACCAAAACAAGAGAUAUCGCCAGAGUCAAUUGCUUUACCUGAGGUUACAACUACUGAAACUCUGUUAACUGAACAGCAUGUCAUCAUCACCGAUACUAACCGGGUUACAAUUUCUUCUGAGAAGCAAGAAAUUACUUCUUCUGCCCCUACAAUGUCAUGGUCCACCAUUCUUCAAAAGGCUCCCGAGCCUAUUCCAGAGCAGGUGAUGAAACCCGAACCGAAUCAGGAAUCUAUGAGAACUGAUGUGGCUCAAAGCACGACAACCUUCCUGGAAACCGAAAAGGUAAAAGUCGAACCGCAGAAGAAACGAGAAAAGAAGGACAAGAAACACUCUACUCGAAAGUCUAGUCCUGAAAAGGUGGACAUUGUCGAUGAGCCUCAACAACCGAAGGUUCAAGAGGUUGAGGUCUCGACGGAGGAGACCUCUACCGAAACUGUGACCACUGGACAACAAGUCAUUACCGUCACAGAAACAAUUACAACUUCGGCUGAUAGUUUGGAGACAACCACCACAUUACCAAAACUGUCCUGGUCGUCUAUACUUCAACAAGCUCCGGAACCACUGCCCGAGGUAGUCAAGAAAACCGAACCAAAGGAAGACGUCAAGAAACCAUCACUGGCUCCCACAGAAACAGUUUCCACCCCCGAAACAGAAAGAGUAAAGAAACGUGAAAAGAAGGAAAAGAAACACGCCGCUCGGAAGACUAGUCCCCAAAAGAGCGAAGACGUUGGAGAAACAAAACCAGAGAAGAUAGCGGAAACAGAGGUGCCAACAAAAGAAACAGUGACUACUACUCAAGAAGUUAUUGCUACUGAGACAGUUGCUACAACCACUGAGACACUGGAGACUACAUCUCCUUCUCCAAAAAUGUCAUGGUCAUCCAUACUGCAACAAGCUCCUGAACCAGUUGCUGCAGAAGACAAGGUAAAGAACGAUGAGUCAAAGGAAGAGGCCAAGAAGCCUUCCAUAGCACAAACAACUGCUACCUUCCUAGAAACAGAAAAAGUAAAGGCUGAACCUCAAAAGAAACGAGAAAAGAAGGAAAAGAAACACGCUGGCCGUAAGCAGAGCCCUGAGCGUGCCGCAGCUGUUGUUGUACCUAAACGGGAGAAGAGUCCAGAACCUGUUGAGCCGAUAGUGGAUUCUGAAGAAGUAGUGUCCACAGUAACUGAAGCAGUAACUAUAACUUCCGAGUCUUUGACAACAACCACAACUGUCACCUCAUCGUCAGCUAUGUCAUGGUCCAACGUGCUUCAGCAAGCACCAGAACCACAAGCAGUUGCAGAGGAAAUGAAGAAACCCGAACCUAAGGAAGACGUAAAGAAGCAGCCAUCUGUUGCACAAAAGACCGCUUCCUUCCUCGAGACCGAAAAGGUUAAGGCCGAACCCGUGAGAAAACGUGAGAAGAAGGACAAGAAGCAAGUUAUCAAGAAACCCAUCCCACAGGAAAUUGUAAGUGAAAAUAUAGAAAUUUCCUCUGAGGACACACUUCUUGAAGAACGUCGUGAAGAAGUCUCGCAAGAGACCGUUGAAAUACAUUCUACUCAGCCCAGCGCUGUGAUGUCUUGGUCUGACAUACUAAGGAAGGCUCCGGAGCCACCUAAAGAAGAAAUAAUGGCUCCAUCUCACACAGAAGUUCCACACACGAAGGCGCCUAUAAAAUCUUCUUCUGACUCCGAUACAAUCGAUGAAAAAUCGGAAGUCAAACUUUCUAAGAGGGACAAGACGAAGAAGAAGAAAGAGAAACAACUUAAGGAGGAAACAAAGAAACCAAUGCUCCUCCCCUCUGAAAUAUCCCAACCGGCUGUUGUCGUUGAAGAACCCGAAGUGGAAUAUGUGUCGCCGCUUGAUCAGGAUAUUCAAAAACCAACAGGAAUGUCCUGGUCUGCUAUUGUCAGUAAAACUGUUGCUGAGGAAUCUUCUGAACCAAUGGUAACGAUCACGGCACCAGCAAAGAAGGAAAGUCCCUCGGAUUCUCCAAAACCAAGAAGACCAAAACACAAGCAAAUAAUAACCGAAGCUGUUACUGAGAUUCCCGUUAGGGAGGAGACCUUAGACAUUGUUGAAAUUUUAGACCAGACCGAGUGCGAAACAAAGGAAGCUGAAGUGGUGCAGCAACCUGAAACCACCUCUUGGUCUCUACCCGCAAGUGAAGAUGAGGCUGAAACACUAAGUCAACAACAGAAACCAAUUCCAGAGGUUCCCAGCGGUCAUAUGAAGUCUUGGUCAGAUAUUUUGAAGGAGAACAUUACUCAACCAUUUGUCGAUACAUUGAAGAAGACUUCGUUCGACACAAAGAAGAAGACUCAGGAAUUCAUUCACCAAGAAUUGCAUUCCAGACUGCCUGAAAGGAAACCCAAAGAAAAGAAACCAGCAAAACAACCGACGGUUAUCGAUGAGCCGCAACCAAUAACGACAGCUAGUAUUGAAACCUCCGUAACAAAGAAACCAAAGAUUGAUAAAAAAUCCAAGAAAGAACGUCUGCCUAUAGAACCUGUUGAGAUCCAAUCCGAUGAACCAACAGAUGUUCUUCCAGAGACCGAGCAAAUGGUAUCGGAAAUCACCACCAUCACUUCUACCACAACAACUUUCGAAGAAGUCAAAGAGAUUACAAGCAAACCUUGGACGCCAGUUGAGGAAAUAGAACAAUCAUGGUUCCCGACACCACAAAUUGAAAAGCCUCAGCCCGAAGUUCCGCUAGAGGAUGAAACUACAGUUUCGGUUUGCGAAAGAGAAAAUGAACUAGAAGUUAUAGCUGAGGCUAACGAAUAUCCAGUUGAAGAAGCUUUAGUCAAAGAUAGCAAGCCUGCACAAACAUUGUGGUCCGAUGAUGUGGAAGAAGAUUUCUCGCAAACGCUUGAACAGACAGUGACAAACAUCAUCGAAGAGGAAAAACAAGUUCAGUUCCCAGUCGAUGAACAACAGGUUGUUGUUGAGCCAAUUGAUAGGGAUGACGAAGGUCUCGCACCAGUUGAAGAUAACACUGAAAAAUCCUCUGUUCUGACUGAAACCGUUACUACAAUUGUAACGGAGACCAGCAUCGUUGGCCUACAAACUACUGAAGAAACCACGACGAAGGCACCACAACCCGAGGAACAAGUCGUGGAAGAAGUUACGCCAGUUUCAGAAAAUGUGGACGAAGAGACAGAAGUUGAAGAAUCCCCAAUUGUUGAAGAAUUUGUGGUUUCGACUCAACCCGAAAAACCAACUGAAGGUGUUGUGGAAGAACUCCAAGUGGUUGAAAAUGUUAAUACUUCCACGGAUAUUUCCGAAACAGAAAGAGUGCCUGCCCCAACCACAUUAGAUUCAAUCAUUUCUGAAUUCGAGACUGAAGACGAUGUGCAGCACGUUGUUCCAAAAGUUGAGAAGCAAGAGAAGCAUGUUUCAGUAGUUGAAACCACAACCACUGUGGUUACGGAAUCAAAUGUCGAAAAUCUAACUCAAGUUGUCGAAUCUGUCCCCGAAACAAUAGAGGAAGAUCGUGCCAUACCGGCUGAAUCUGAAGUUAUUGCAGAAGUGACUGGUAAACCUCCAACUGUAGUGGAAACAAUCAUUACCGUAAUUUCGGAAACAGACGUAACAGAAACACAAGUGGACAACUUGGAACGCGGAAUUUCGGAGAAGGUUGAACCCAUAACUCCAGCCCCAAAAUCUUGGGCCGAUUUAUUGAAAGAGGACAUUAAUCCUGCUGAAGUUACUGUUCCAAAGGCUGUCGUUUUGGAAGAAACAGAACCAAAACCAUCUACAGAAGAAGAGAAAUCCCUAACCAUUGUCGAUACAGUCAAAACGACUGAUUUGUUGCAGGAGGAGAAACCUGUUGAUGUAUCAGCACCUGAUGUACCUCUAGAGGAAACAAUGCCAAAGGAUAAAAAAUCUAAGAAAAAGAAGGACAAAAAGGAAAAAGAAAUUGUGUCCCAUGUCGUUCCUCCCACUGCAGAAACUAUCGCUGAAGCUCCAACUACAGUUGAUACGGUCAUCACGGAAACAGUUAAGACAGUCAUAACAGAAGUUGCAACUGAUGUUGUCGAAGAAAUCAAAUCUUCUCCUGAGGUUCUUGCUCCUGCUCCUCCUAAAUCAUGGUCUGAUUUGUUGAAGGAGGACAAGCCUGUUGAGGAACCAAAGCUUGAAUCGACUGUCGAGGAAAUAACUCCGAAGGAUAAGAAAUCAAAGAAAAAGAAAGACAAAAAAGAGAAAGAAACUGUUGUUGUUCCUUCGACUGAAGCACCCAUCGAUGAAGCUCCAACUGCAGUUGAUACAGUCGUCACGGAAACAGUUGAGACAGUCAUAACAGAAGUUUCACAUGACGUUGUCGAAGAAAUCAAACCUUCUCCUGAGGUUGUUGCUCCUGCUCCUAAAUCAUGGUCUGAUUUGUUGAAGGAAGAAAAACCAGUUGAGGAACUAAAACCUGAAUCAACUGUCGAAGAAAUGCCUCCGAAGGAUAAGAAAUCAAAGAAAAAGAAGGACAAAAAAGAGAAAGAAAUUGUUGUUGUUCCUUCGACUGAAGCACCCAUCGAUGAAGCUCCGACUGCAGUUGAUACAGUCAUCACGGAAACAGUUGAGACGGUCAUAACAGAAGUUGCAACUGAUGUUGUCGAAGAAAUCAAAUCUUCUCCUGAGGUUGUUGCUCCUGCUCCUAAAUCAUGGUCUGAUUUGUUGAAGGAAGAAAAACCAGUUGAGGAACUAAAACCUGAAUCAACUGUCGAAGAAAUGCCUCCGAAGGAUAAGAAAUCAAAGAAAAAGAAGGACAAAAAAGAGAAAGAAAUUGUUGUUGUUCCUUCGACUGAAGCACCCAUCGAUGAAGCUCCGACUGCAGUUGAUACAGUCAUCACGGAAACAGUUGAGACGGUCAUAACAGAAGUUUCAACUGAUGUUGUCGAAGAAAUCAAAUCUUCUCCUGAGGUUCUUGCUCCUGCUCCUAAAUCAUGGUCUGAUUUGUUGAAGGAAGAAAAACCAGCUGAGGAACUAAAACCUGAAUCAACUGUCGAAGAAAUGCCUCCGAAGGAUAAGAAAUCAAAGAAAAAGAAGGACAAAAAAGAGAAAGAAAUUGUUGUUGUUCCUUCGACUGAAGCACCCAUCGAUGAAGCUCCGACUGCAGUUGAUACAGUCAUCACGGAAACAGUUGAGACGGUCAUAACAGAAGUUUCAACUGAUGUUGUCGAAGAAAUCAAAUCUUCUCCUGAGGUUCUUGCUCCUGCUCCUAAAUCAUGGUCUGAUUUGUUGAAGGAAGAAAAACCAGCUGAGGAACUAAAACCUAAAUCAACUGUCGAAGAAAUGCCUCCGAAGGAUAAGAAAUCAAAGAAAAAGAAGGACAAAAAAGAGAAAGAAAUUGUUGUUGUUCCUUCGACUGAAGCACCCAUCGAUGAACCUCCGACUGCAGUUGAUACAGUCAUCACGGAAACAGUUGAGACGGUCAUAACAGAAGUUGCAACUGAUGUUGUCGAAGAAAUCGAACCUUCUCCUGAGGUUGUUGCUCCUGCUCCAAAGUCAUGGUCUGAUUUGUUGAAGGAGGAUGAACCAAAACUUGAAUUCACUGUCGAGGAAAUAACUCCGAAGGAUAAGAAAUCAAAGAAAAAGAAGGACAAAAAAGAGAAAGACUCUGUUGUUGCUCCUUCAACUGAAGCACCUAUCGAUGAAGCUCCAACUGGAGUUGAUACAGUCGUCACUGAAACAGUUGAGACAGUCAUAACAGAAGUUGCAACUGAUGUUGUCGAAGAAAUCAAACCUUCUCCUGAGGUUGUUGCUCCUGCUCCUAAAUCAUGGUCUGAUUUGUUGAAGGAGGAUAAACCUGUUGAGGAACCCACAUCCGAAGUGGCAGCGGAGGAAAUAACUCCGAAGGAUAAGAAAUCAAAGAAGAAAACGGACAAAAAAGAACUUGUUGUUGUUCCUCCCACUGAAGCAGUUAUCGCUGAAGUUGAUGCAGUCAAUGCAGAAACUGUGGAAACAGUUAUUGCAGCUGAAGCCCCAACUACAGUUGAUGAAGUCAUCACCGAAACAGUUGUAACAGUUGUGGCACAUGAUGUUGUCGAAGAAAUCAAACCUUCUCCUGAGGUUGUUGCUCCUGCUCCCAAAUCAUGGUCUGAUUUGUUAAAGGAAGAUAAAACUGUUGACGUAUCAGAACAAGCUCCAAAGGAUAAGAAAUCGAAGAAGAAGGACGAACAGAUGAAAGAAAUUGUGUCUGAUGUUCCUUCUUGCACUCAAGAAGUUCCUGCUGAAGCUCCAACUGCAACCGACACAGUCAUUACAGAAUCCGUCGAGACAGUCACCACUGAAAUAUCACAUUAUGUUGUGGAAGAGACCAAACCUUCCUCUGAGAAUGUUACUCCAAAAUCAUGGUCCGAUUUGUUGAAGGAGGAUAAACUUAUUGAGGAACCAAAACCUGAAUCGACUGUCGAGGAAAUGGCUCCAAAGGACAAGAAAUCGAAGAAAAAGAAGGACAAAAAAGAGAAAGAAAUUGUUGUUGUUUCUUCCACCGAAGCUCCAGCUGCAGUUGAUACAGUAAUCACGGAAACAGUUGAGACAGUCAUAACAGAAGUUCCUCAUGAUGCUGUCGAAGAAGUUAAACAGUCUCCUGAGCCUGUUGCUCCUGCUCCUAUAUCAUGGUCUGCUUUGUUGAAGGAGGAUAAAUCUGUUGACGUAUCAGAACAAGCACCAAAGGAUAAGAAAUCGAAGAAGAAGGACAAAAAGGAGAAAGAAACUGUGCCUCCAGUAGUUUCUUUAACUGAAGAAGUUACAGGUGGGUCUCCAACUGCAACAGAAGAAAUGAAAACAGUGCCUGAAACAUCUGUCCAACAAGUGGUUACAGUUACCAAGAAUAUUAAACAAACAGUAACAGACUUCUUGCAACAAGAAGGACAAGACCGCUAUGAAUUUGAAUCCAGAGAACAUGGAAAGGAUGAUAAGCCUGAACGCAUUCCUGAAGGCGUAACCGUGGAAACUCCAAUGAAAAAGAAAAAGGAGAAGAAGGAUAAGGAUAAGAAGCCUAGAGAAACAUCUGAAAAGGUAGAAAUACUUGAUGCCAAAACACAUAUUGAUGCUGUUCCGAAAAUGGAGCGACCAAUCUCUCCUCAACCACCACCACUGCUGAAGUCGUGGUCGGCGGUGCUAAAGGAGAAUAUUCCUGUCCAACCGCAAAUCGUGAGAGAAGUUUCAUCCACGUUUAUUCAGCAAGAACGUAAACCUGAAGUAGAAAUUGAGGAAACUAUUACUACCGAAGAAACUGUAAUGUCUUAUGAGACAUCGAACGAUAUUCCUGCAGAAGAUAUUCAGGCACAGACUGGCAACGAAUAUGUCAUUGAAAAUGUCCAAACUGUAGAAGAACCUGUAAGGGAAACCUCUUGGUAUGACGAAGUCAUCGAAGAGAGCCACGAAGAUUCAUGGGUGAUUGUUUCCCAGGAUGAAGUAAAAACUCUUCCUUCCUCCGAACCUGUUGUGCAAGAGAUCUCAGAAGUUCCCCAUGUUGAGGAAUCCGUCGAGGUCAUUCCAUCAAUCCAAGAGAGUGAACCAGAAGUAGAGCCUGAGGAGAAGAAGACAAAGACUGAAGACGAAAAUGUAACUCCAAUUGUCGUUCAACCAGAAGUUACUGAAAUUAUUGUGCCAUUGCCUAGUACUCCAGCACCACCGUCUGUGUGGUCCUUAUCUGAAACCUAUGCUGAGGUUGUAAGAAAAUCAGGAUUGACAGAACCGGGAAAAGUACGAUAUUCACCAUUACCAACCCGACGCAAUGACACUCCAUCAGUGCAAAUGCCUGAAACUUCAACAUCUAUGUUGGCUUCAAGUGAUGAAGUUACACACCCAGAACCUUUACAGCCCGAAUUCGAAUCGACAGAAAUGGUAGCGGCUAUUGAAAGGAUUGUAACCGAUCUAGAGGAAACCAAUUGGAAUGACGAACCUACAUCAAUGACCUGGCGUGAGACAGAAUCGGAGCCUCAUCCAAUAGUUGAACAACCGGUACCCAUUACACCGUGGACAACCACAGUUGAAAGUGAAGAAACGCAGACGACAGUUACUACAUCAAGAAAGUCUCGCAAACAAGAACGUCCCACUAUCGAAGUUACUGAGGUUCCUUUAGAUGCGGUGGACACUGAUUCUACAUCUGAAUGGUUGACUGUUAGACCCAGAUCUCGUUCCAGAUCACAAUCCAAUCAGUCACGUAAAUCUACUAAGAAAUCGAAGAAAGCACGCCCAUCUCGUAGUUCAGAGCCAGUUCAACAAGUUGCUCAGCCAGAGGCUGUUGCUCAGAUUGAUGUUUCAUCUCCUGAACCUGUCAAGGAACCCGAGCCCGUAGAGGAAUCAGUUACUACUGAACAAGUUACUGUGGAGCUACCUACACCAGCUCCAUCUCCUGUGGUUUCUGGUAUGUCUUGGGCUGCCAUUGCCGCACAAAAUGUGCCCCAACCUGUCCAAAAGAUUCGUGUUAUCACCGAAAGUGCAUUACCAGUUGCACAGGUAACGGAGGCGCCACAGGUUCCAGAUCAGCCUAAGACCAUGAUCAGUGUGAAACUGGAGGCAGAAAAGAAGGAGAAGAAACCUAAGCAAAAGACCAAGAAGAAGCCAGAAUCUAAGAGUGUCUCCCCCAGCGGAAGAGUUGUGAAAGAAGUCAGGGAAACGACUUAUGAAACAACCCAGGAACCUGACUCGUUUGUCUCGCAAACUUCCUAUUGGUCAGCAACUUUGAAGCCUGCCCAAAUAAUAGUACCUGACAAGGAAGAAGGAGUUGUUGUACCAGUGGAAUCACCAACGGAAACACCCAAGUCUUGGGCUGCCAUAAUAAAAACGGAGGAAAAGGUGUUUGAUGAACCCAUUUCCUUGGUCGAAGAACCAGAGGUGACUGAAACCCCUGAUGUAUGUAAACCAUCCACAACUCUGCCACAAUCAGUUGAACAGCCUUCAAUAACCGAAAAAUUCUUGGAAUCCGAAAGACAAGGUGAAGAGACACCGAAAACGAAAAAGAAGAAGGACAAGAAGUCCAAGGACCAAAAGAUGGAAAAGCACACCUCAACUUCCGAAGGAGUGCCUGAGGCAGAUGCUUUCGUUUCGGAAACUCACUACUGGUCAGCCACUUUGAAACCGGAACACAGAGCUAAAACACCGGAAGCCACCGAAGAGCCCAUUGUAGUGCCUGUACAAUCGCCCACUGAAACUCCAAAAUCAUGGGCUGCCAUUGUAAAGACCGAACAGAAAGUGUUUGAAAAACCAGUCACUGAAUCUGAAACCACCAGUGAGGAGACUAUGACCGUUACUACAACUGAGUCGUUUGAUCAACCUAAAGUAGAGAAAGACGUCAUCAGUGAGGUAUCUGAAUCGAGUGAGAUUCCAGAGCCUGACACUUUCGUUGCACAGACUCACUACUGGUCAGCUACCCUGAAACCAGAGAAGCUUACUGUUCCCGAAGAUACAGUGGAAGUGCCCGUACAAUCUCCCACUGAAACUCCCACAUCAUGGGCGGCCAUAAUUAAGACUGAUGAAAAGGUGUUUGUCGAACCCGCUACUGUCCAGGUGGCAGCACAUGAUGUCAAGGAGAAAACAACAACAAUUGAAGAAAUUGUAAGUGUGACAACAACGAGUGAGCCACAUAGCGUGGAGGAAUUCGACUCUCAACAUGUUGCCCCUGAAAAAUUACAGGAGAACCCAACAUCCAUUGAACCUGAGGAGAAGGAGACGAGCGAAGUUUCAGUGUCAAUCGAGCAACUUCAAUCCGAUGGUGAAGUUAAGGAGAAACCUACUGUUGAUGAGACUACACCUGAUUCGAGAGUCGAGGAAUUCCAACCCAAAGAAAUUGAAACACCAACAAGUGCAUCGUUGACUCAACAAUUUAUCGAAGCCGAGAAAAAGGAUCAGUCCAUUGAAGGUUUUGUAUCUCAGACCAGCUAUUGGUCAGCAACCCUCAAACCAAGUGAAAUUGUAAUUCCAACAUCCGACGAAGUCGAAAUUCCUGAAAUCCCAGUCCAGUCGCCAACAGAAACACCCACAUCAUGGGCGGCCAUUAUUAAGACUGAGGAAAAGGUGUUCGUUGAACCAGCUACAGUUCAGGAGAAACCCUCAACAAUUGAAACAGUUGAAGAAAUUGUGACUGUAACAACAACAACAAGUGAACAAACUGAGCAAGAAAGUACUGUGUCUGAAGAGAUAAGUGAUUCGAGAGACGAGGAAUUCAAGCCCGAAGAAAUCGAGGCACCGACAAGUGAAUCGUUGACACAACAAUUUAUCGAAGCCGAGAAAACGGAUCAGCCCCUUGAAGGUUUUGUAUCUCAGACCAGCUAUUGGUCAGCAACACUGAAACCAAGUGAAAUUGUAAUUCCAAUAUCCGAAGAAAUCGAAGUUCCUGAAAUCCCAGUCCAAUCGCCAACAGAAACACCCACAUCGUGGGCAGCUAUUAUUCAGACUGAAGAAAAGGUAUUCACACAAGGACAACAACCGCAGCAAGAACCUGUCUCUGAAGUCAGCAAACAUACAGAAACAGAAGAAUCACCGGUGUCAUGGUCUUCAGUCGUGGUUAGUAAAACUACCGAUUACCAAGAUCCCAAACCUCAACCAACCAGUGAAACCGAUGAAUCUCAAAUUUAUUUGACCACCACUGUUACCACUCACAAGGAUCUAUCGGUAGAGACCAGAGAAGAGUCACCCUCUUCCUAUGUAGCCACAACAGUGACCACUCACACACCACCACCCGCUGAGGGUGAGAAGAAGGAGGUUUCUACAUAUGUUUCUACGGUGGUUACCAGUCACACCGAACCCGAUGUUAUUCCCGAAACCACCGAACUGUGUACAGUUGUCGACGCUGAUGAAUUGAAACGCAUUCACGAAGACGAACUGCGCUACAAUUUGUACCAAGAAAUUAACAAGUACUGGACAACGAAGUAUGAAAUCUUCGAAAAUGCUCUCAAAACCAAACAUGCUCCACAAGAACCUCAAACUGAUUCUGCUACAAUCGACGACGAAAGCAACACCGUCGAAGCUUCGCCAGAACAACAAGAACAACCAACUAAGGACAUCAUUUGUGAUUCUGCUCCUAGCGACGAUAGCGUUCAGUCAAGUGAAGUAGUUUCGCAAACAGAUCAAUUGCUAAUGAACUUAAGUAUUGAUUUAAGAUCGAAGGCGUUGCCCUCAUCCAAUGUUUUUGAAUCCAAGUGGGCAUUAAGCCAAUCCACUGUCCCCCAGAUUCAAGAACCUCUAGAGCAAACUCAGGUAACAGAAACUCAGGUUAUUACAAGCGACACAACCACUACAACUUCCGACGACUACAAACCCAUUAUUUGUGUCUGUCCACCAGAUCCAAAUAUGACUGAGGGUACAGCCACCCCUCUUGUAGAGGAAGAACCGGCGAAGAGUACCGACUCCUUGUUGAAGAAUUUACUUAAUGACAACUUCCCCAAGAUCGUUACAGAUUACUAUCAAAUACUCAGGCACGAAGGCUCCUUGGUCCACUUAGUUGAACCACAAGAAUCCCUUACAGAUUCUGUCCAAAAGACUGAUGAAGAACCCACACUGACCUCCGACACAACUGAAAAGACUGAUACUGAGAUUGUUGUUGAGUCUACGACCACGACAAUCUCUGACGUUAGCAUUCCCCCCAAUGAAAUUAGCAUGGGCUCUCAGCCGGCAACAGACACUCUUCUGGUGAACUUGUCCAAGGAUUCUUGGGUAUCCAACGAACUGAAGGCAGAUUCAGUUGAAAGUGUUCUGCCCGCUGUGACUGCAGAGACUUCUGAGAAAUUGGCGAGAUCGAACGAUUUAACGAAACCCGACGAAAAAGACGAUUUCGGUGAUUUACAAAAGAAGACCGACACUAAACCAGACGCUGGUGACUCCGAUGACGACGACGAUGAUGACGAUGACGAAGAGGGUGGUGAUGCCAACGCCAUACCAGAAAUACGUAAACCCAAAGACGAUGACGACGAUCACAGAGGUGGACCAGGUAGUGAUAGUAGUGGUCAUGUAACACCCACACCCGAACACGACAUGAGCAAGGGUGGCAGCUACGGCUCCUGCUCCUCGCAAUAUAUGUCGACUGAUCUGCCAGGUGGUAUUGGCCAUUGGCGUGACCAAAGUACAUAUUUAGCCUUAGAGGGACAGGAAGAAGAGGGCAAGGUAGAUGCUAGUUCUGCUAGUAAAGUGGUAGAAGACAAAGAAAAAGAUACCAACGCUACUGCUACUGCUCCUCAGCCAACAAGCAUUCCUGCUGCUCCCACUGAAACUAACAAUACAACAACUCCCGUUCCCUCCCAAUCUGAAUCCCUCAUAUCCCCCGAUAUCGUUACCGAUACCGACUCCACACAAAAUGUAAGUCUUGUUAGUAAACUAACACCCUUAGCUAAAGCUACUACUACCACAAUACUAAAUGCCGCGGCUCAAGCAACGAUGGCGGUCCAGACGGCAAAGACACAAGCAGUAGAAACAGCAGCAUCACUGUUGCCCCAAGUGGUUGGUGCCGCCUUGGCACCAGCCGUAGUGGCGGCAGUAACAACCCAAUCGACAGAGCCAACACAUCCUCAGCAACAUCAACAACAACAACAGCCAUCAACAACUGUUGAGGAAGUUGUAACUGUGGCCACCACUGAAGAAGUUGCAGCACCCAGAGAAGAAGAAAUAAUUGUGACAACAACAUAUGAAGAAGUUGUACCUCAAUUACAGCUUCAAACAACUUCGGAACCCAAGGACGAUAUUAAGGUGGAAGCUACAGAAACUACAACUGUCACUGAACACCAUGUAGUUCCCGUAGUUUCUUCAACAACCGAAGAAGCUUCGAAGAUCACAACAUCAACAACAACAACCACCGAAGAGGAAUCUGCAACAUCCGGCCAGAAUGUUGUCCAAGUUGUCACGCCGGGCACAGUUACAACGGUGACCACCACCCAGGUGACCAAAGAGGAAGAAGGACAAGAUAUUGUCACAGCAGCAGCAGCAACAACACCAACCACCCAGUUACCACUAACCACAAUUCAAACACCCAUCACAACAACACAAACCACCACUACAACCACAACGGUUACGGAGGAGGUUUACAAUCCCAUCGUUGUGAGUGACCCCAGCAACGUACUUCGGCGCACAACCACGACGACCACAACCACCGUUACAGGUUUGGGUCUAGACGGCAUCCAACAGCAGCAGCAGCAACAUCAACAACAGGCGAAGGAUGUUAUAAAUCAAGAAGUUGAUGAAUUGCUUCAAUCGCUAACCACUGUAGAGGGCGCCAUUGCAUAUUUACCGCAGGACAGUUUGGAUGGUAUGCUACAAGGCCUGAAGAUAAUUCAGGAGAAUCUGGAAUAUCAGGAACAGGAAGCCCAAAGAUUAAAGGCAGUCAGCCAAACGCUUCCAACAGAUCCUGGCACUGAACGUCUACUGAACGACAUAAUCGAUCGCAUCGAUCUUCUACUGAGACGCACACAACAGGGCAUUACCAUGAUAGCGAGCGCCGUACAUGGUCAAAAGAAACGCACCCAAGAACUUGAGGAAUAUCAACAGCAUUUGACCUCAAUCGAAAGUUGGAUACUCGAAGUCACCCAAGAACUUAAGGAUCUCGAACUGACCGCUGACAGUCCAACUGACGAACCCACGUUGAAGUUACACGUCGAAAAGAGUCAACAUCUCUUGCGCACUCUGAAGGAAAGGCAACAAUCCCUGGAAGACUUGGCCGAUAAGACCAAACAUUUGUUGGCUCACGAAGAUGUAGCACCCAUGGCCAAUAGCCUGAUUGAACAGUUACAGUACGUCAUCACCAUACUGAGGGAACAAAUUUCGGUUGCCACCAAACGCAUCUUUACAAUUGAAAAUAGAAUUGUGGAGUUGCGUAGAGCCAAAGAAGAGGAAGAACGACGCCAGCGAAUUGAAGAGGAUCAGGCCAUACAGCCUCCUGUGAGCAAGGUCGACGAAUCUCUUGCCUCCAAUGAUAGCACAGUGGGCUCCAGUCCCAUGCCAGAAGAGGAGGUAAUACCCGCAGUUUACAAUGUCGAAACACAGACAUCAGCCAGUUUGGAGAAACCAAAAGAGGCAGUAAAGGAAAGUGCCACAGUUGAGGCCCAGACUAGUUUGCCUUUGGUGGAGGCACCUAAGGAUGUGGAAACUGUUGAAAUGGCCAUGCAAACGCAAAAGGAGGUGAAACCCACGGAGAACAUAACAAUAACACAGAUUAAGCAGUUCGGCCAGGAGACCAUUAAAAUCGAUACCGUGCCGAAUAUCGAUGUUCCCGAGCAGCAAGAAAAUGUUGAAAUCGAAGCCCGUUAUCACCAGACACCACAGGGUGAUAUCGAAAGGUCGACCGAAUUGGUAUUGAAGAACGUACCCUCGACUUUCGAGACGACAUUUGUAGAACCAGAUGAGACCACCACGGAAGUAGUGGUUGCACCCGACGGCACCAAGCACAUUGUUGUCAAGAAAGUCACCCGUAGUCGCCAGGAAAUAGUGCAGCAACAACAAGUCAGCACCAUUGCCACUGUCACCGACGCUGAUGGUAACAUUCAAGUCAAGUCGACCGAUCAAAUCAAUUUGGAAAAUAUACAAACAGUCGAUACCACCGGAGACGAUAAGACAGGCUACAGCACUGUUGUUACCCAUCAAACUCGUGGCACUCUGGUUGAUGGAUCCAAUCCGGAGGCUGUGGUUGUUAAAGAGUUCGAAACGCCACCGGAAGUUGUUAAAUAUGAAGAAUUCCGUGAAGGCGGUGCCUCGGCUAUGCCUAUAGAUCCACAGCAAAUCCAAUUGGCAACAGCAGAAGGCCUGAACCAAAGCACCAUUCAAUCCAUUGUCCAGCAGGUUACGCGAAAGAUUGUUCGUAAGACACGAAAGAUCAUUAAGCGUAUCGUUAUCAUCGAUGGUGUAGAACAUGUCACCGAAGAAGUGAUUGAAGAACCCGAAGAAAUUGAGGUUACGGAAGAGGAAAUACCACCCGAGGUCAAUGUCAACAUAAUACGCACUGUCAAUGGCAAAGUGGUGACCGAAGAGGAAUUCAACCGUUUAACCCAAGAGCCUGGGGUAGUUAUUCAGGAAAUCUCCACCGACAUGACAGAUGCGGGAGCUCAGUUUGCCCCACAACAGGUAUUUGAUAUUGAUUCUACAACUAUUACCACUACUACCACCCAAAUGACUCCAACCACAAAACACGAAACACAAGAACAACAACAACCACAGCCUAUUGCUGAAACAACAGAAACAACAACAACUACUACAACAACAGAGACUUCUGAAAGUCGAAUUCAUGAAGCACCAGUAGAAAUUGUUGACUUGCCUGCACCCCAAGUAGAAGUUGAAAAAAUUGUCGAACACACCCUAGUAGAACAGCCAGACCGCAAAGAAGUCGAACCAUCAAUCAGUUCCAAUGUUUCAGUCCAAUUAGUUGAGCAGCUGCAGCCAAAGAAGGAGGCGGAUGAGGUGGAGCACGCCGUGCAAGAUAUCCACGACAUAUGGCCUGUUAAACAUCAUCUACAGCCCACGAAUAUUGAAUUCUCUCAACACACUGAAACACCAGCCGUACCAAGCGAGCCAAGCUCAAGCGUUGAACCUAUUUGGCCUCUAAGCGAAGAAACAGGCUAUCCAGUCUCGUUGGAAAAAUAUGAAUUUGAUAGAACCAUACAGUCCGAUGAAAGUCCUCCUAAACCAAUAGCGGUCACAACAACUGUUACCACAACUGAAGAAAACAUGGACAGUCAUCCAAUUGAGGUUGUUGAGCCAGAGGAACAUGCCACUCCAGCAUCUGCAUCAGUAGAGGAAAGAGAAACAAAGGCUAUGGAACCUGUUGUCGAAACAACUAAAGAAACAAUCACAUCAGUCGUUGCUAUUGAGCAAAUGCCUCCGGAUGCACCUAAAGACAUUUUGGAUCAAUUCCUCAUGAGUGAAAGACAGGAAACUACUCCAAGGGUCGAUACUAAGUCUGAGGAAGUUGUAUCAGUUAAACCACCUUCUGAGAUGUCACAGGAAGUCUUAACACAACUGCUUGAAAGUGAACGGCAGCAACCUAUGGCAGUGAGCGAAAUCAAGGAAACUGCAAUUCAUCCACAACAGGACGAAAAACCCCUGCCAGUAGAAUCUUCACCGGCCAAGGCAACUAUUACAAUUGUGAAAACUACCGUGGAAACCACAUUGCCUGGCGUACCGAAACCUAUUGCCGAAGCGGAAGAAAUCUCCCACAUUAUUAAACGUGAAGACAGCGAAAUUCAUGAGGAUCUUCCCAGAGCGGAAGAAAAACCUGAGAGCAGCUUAGAGUCCGAAGUAUCCACCGAAGAUCAAUUCAUGGUGCGACCUGCUGAAGAAAAACCUACACUCGACAUAAAAUCUACCACUCAAUUGUUCAUCACUGGAGAAGCCACUGCUUCGCCUAUAACGAUGACAGCGCCAUCUAUUGAACGCAACGGUUCCAGUGUCCUUAAAGUCAUAAUGGCCGAGUCGGAAGACUCACAUCCAACAGCCUCUGACCAGCCGAAAGUAACAAUGACCAUCAUUGAAACCGGCAAGGUUCCAGUUGCUUCCGGUGACGACGAGGAUGAUACCAAACGAAGUAAAAAGAAAAAGAAGAAGCCGAAACCGACGACAGAAGUAGAAGAGCCAAAAGUAGAAGCUGUAGAAUCUCCAGUUGCCGAAAUCGCAACUGAAGAACCAGUUGUACCAGAACCUGAAGAGCUAUCAACAGUUUCUGAAAUUGGUUACGAAGCCGAAACGGCAACAGUCGACGAGGAAAGUGACGAUGAUAGCGGUAAAAAGAAAAAGCUUAGUAAGAAAAAGCAGUCACUGAAGGCCCCCGCUGAUGAUGACAGCCACAUGCCGCUUUCAUCCCUGGAAUAUGAUACAAGCUUGCCUUCUGAAAGUUUACAAUCUGAAGGUAAAAUUCAACAGGAGACUGUGCUAGAGCUUAGUCCAGAAAGCGAGGCUUCUAGCAUUACUGCGGACACCACGGUACGAGUGGUAGAAGAGGCCAUUAUAUCGCCUGAAUCUGAUUCUCCACGUGAGCCCAUUAAGGAAAUUGUAGUUCCGGUGGACGUUGUUGAAUUAACUUUCGUCCAGGAUGUGCAACAGCAGACCACUCCUCGUGAAGAGCCUAAGACAGUAGAGGAAGCGAUUGAAAUUGAGAAAGAUGUUAAAGAAAUUCAGACAUCUCCUCGUGUCACAGUCGAAGAGACAGGUCAGCAAACCAGUCUGGAAGUUGUACCAGACAACAAAGAAGUGGAAUCUCAAACCAUUCACAUUGAUGUCAGCGAAACUGAGGUACAAACGGAAAAAUUGGACCAACCUUUGGAAGACACCCAGCCAACGGAGACUUCUUUGCCCGUUGAAACUGCUACAGAACAAGUUCAAACUGAGGAGGAAAUUAAACCCGAAACUAGCCACAUAUUUAGCCAGACUGUUGUCAUUUCCACACUUGAAAAGGAAUUGCAAACAGCACCCAGAGAUUCUCCGCGUGAACCUGAAGUCUCCACGGCUGAUGUCAUUAAUCCCUUGGUCAGGGAGUUAAUUGACGAUGUCGCCAUCGAAUUGCCUGAACCGAAAAUUGAAACUUCAGAGCAAUUUACUGUUACCGAGGAAAAACCAAUGCAUGAGUCAUAUGUUCAGACAAUAACGCCAGAACCACAAGAGGUUGGAAAGCUUCCUGUUGAACAGAAGGAACAACAGACAUCAACCUUGGAACUCAUUUUGACAUCCACUACCGACAGUCAGACAUCACCUCGUGAAGAACCAUCUCAGACAGUUGAAAUGGCUCCACCAUCGGAAGAAUCUUCACUCUCCUCUGGAGAACCUUAUAAUUUGGAAAUACAAACCACAGUUACGAUACCAGCUGAUUCGGAUACCUCUGAGGCUCAACCUGUGAUCUAUGAACACACAGAAACCAUUGAGUUGCCUAAGAAAGAUAAGAAAUCACAGAGGCAGGAAGGCGAUGAGUCGUCUUUAGUCGACGAUACUCCCCAGGUUAAUGUCCAUGUGGAAAUUGAUGAUGCCCACGGUAUGGAGCCCAUGAUUACCGUCCAACCCGGCGAUGCGAAGAAACCACAGACAGUGCAAUUGCAAAUCACAAAAACCACAGUCAUCGAACAAUUCCCCGACCUGCCAGUCCACGUGAGCGAGCAGAACAAGGUGAGCAUUGCUGCCCAACAAACAUCCAAGCCACGUUCCCGACCUACGUCCACGGUGACCAUUGAAGAAGUCACCUCGCCAAUGGAAGAAAUUGCAGUGCCCAUAACGCCCGGACCCGAUAACGAUGAGGAAAACAUUCGCCACGAGGAGAGCAUAUGGAUGACUGCUGCGGCAAACAUUCCCAAAGAGCAGCCAGCCGUUAAAGAUGCAUCUCAGGCACUCAUUCUGUCGGAGAGUCUCUUGCAUUACCCUGGGCAGCAGACAAUCAUUAUAGAGCGGCAAGACCCUUGGAAGGAGGCCAAACAAUCAAUUGGAGGUCGCAUGAAACACUUGAAAGAGGCAGAGUCCCACCAGACUCCUCUCAGCAAUGUUCUGCACUUGGCCACACUGUCACAGCAAAUCAAGGAAGUUCCCCUGGACCAGAGAGUCCAAGAAGUUAACGAUAGUUUGACUGACCUUGAGAAGGCCUUGGAGGAUGGCAAUGAAAAAGUGAUCCAAACCACUGUUAUUACUGUCAUUGAAAAGAUUUCCACCUGGUUGGAGACAAUCGAAUACCGUGUCUAUUUGAUACGUCAACAGACCAAUGACGGUCCAUCCGAAGAGAAGGUCAAGAACUACAACGAGCUCAAUGACGAGUUGAACAUCAUCGGUCAGAGUGUAAAUCAAUUGGAAACUCAACUGGGCAAGUCGGAUAUAGUCAAGCAGCCGGAAGUUCAGCAGUGCGUGGAUGCCCUGAAGAUGCACGUGAGUGCCGUCCAGGAGAAGACUCACGAUAACCAAGAUCAAGAUAUUAAGGACCUUGAAAAAUGGAACAAUUUUGUUGUAUUGGUGCAUCGCAUCUCGGGACUGCUGGAAGAUUUGCAGGAACGCUACGAGACAGUUGUUAACCAAGACGGAACCCUGAAACAGAAGUUGUCGGCCUUGGAUGAAUUGGAAUCGCAAAACAAUUCCACUCUUAGCCAAAUCUCCCAACUCAUGUUGAAUGCUCGGGCUUUCCAAAGAGAUUUCCCUGGCAAAAAGGUUCCUCAGGACAUCUACACUGCCCAUGAGGCUUGUCGCAAUAUCAACAACAACAUUAUUGCCGAACGAGAUCGUCUCCUGCAAUUGCAGGCCCUGGCCGAUGAGUAUGAGCAAACAUUGAAAGAGUUCACAAAUAUAACCGUCUUGGCUGACAAAUUGGUCGAGGGUCCGAUUGUUACGAGCAGUUUGGAACAGCUGAACAACGAGGUUCAGAAACAUCGCAAAUUCUUUGUCAACCUAAGCCACUGCCGCGCCAUGCUAGAAUCCCUUGAGGAGAAUAUCGACAGUGAGACCAGGGAAAAGCAUUCUGAACUGCACAAGGAACUGUACAAUAGAGCUACAGUUCUCUUGGAGAAAGCUUCCGAAAGGUCAUCGAAAUUGGUGCAAGCUGCCUCGAAAUGGACCGUUCUGGAGAAGGGCAUGAAAGACGAGCUGCAAUGGUUACAAGUGGCCCAACAGAGAGUACCCGACCUUUCUGCCGUCACAUCCGCCGACUAUGACCAAUACACCACCCUAUACCAAUCAUUGAGUCAGGACAUCUCCCACCACUACGUCAAGAUGACUCACAUCUCAAACAUUGCCAACAAGUUGCAAGACCUAAUUCAAGCUCCCAAUUUGGUGGAAGAAACCAACGAGGCGCUGAUAGUCCUUCUCAAGUUGCGGGAAGAGGUAUCCGUCUACUUGCAUCGUUUGUUGGUGUUCAAGGAUAUCUGGACCCAAUAUGUCAAUCAAACGGAUAAAAUGGAAACGUUUGUGCGCGAUAGUGAGAAGGAACUAAAGAAGAUACAAAUACCCGAAUACCCCUUGGAGCAACCGAUCGAACACAUGCGUCAGUUCUGGGAAAUCAAGGCUCAAUUCGAAAUGCACAACAACAUUCGUACCGAGGCUGGCAACAGCUUCGAAAAGUCCCUGCAAGUCAUACCGCUCGCUGACGAAAUGCUACAGAGACAGUUCCAUGCUCAGUUGGAGGACAGAUGUAAUGCUCUCGCCCAGGACAUUGAACGUAUACAGAAUAAAAUUGUCCGAUCUUUGUCCUCGGAGGAUGUAGCUCCCGAAGAUAAACUGAAAUUGGUUGAGAGAGAAUUGCAAGAAAUCUACUUGACAAUGACGAGCAUGAAAGGAGUCAUUAAGAAUGACGAAGAACUUAGCCUGUACAUUGAGCGCUUGCAGGUGUUGCGCACACGCGUUGGCUUCAUUGGCAACGAGUUGGGCCGCAUUGGUCUGCAGGAGCCUGCCAUAGAGCCGGAGAAGGUGGGCGAACUCUUCGCCCUCUCACACAAGAUCACCACUCAAAUUGCCGAGGAACUUGAGGGCGCCGCUGUACUCAAACAACAGCUGCAGGCCAUCCAAGAGGGUAUCUCGAAUCUACGCAAACACCAUGCCAAGCUUUCCGUAAUUCUGGACGAAUGCGAAACUGCCGAGAAGUUGGGAAGCGAUGCCAUCGAAAAGGCCGUGGUCGACUGCCAAUCGGUAGGCGACGACCUAAUUGGAGCCUGGCAGGAAAUCAUGCGCAUACGGCAAAUGUUGCACACGCUGCCAAUGCGUUUGAAAAUGUCGGUGUCGCCGGUUAAACUGGAACGUGAUAUAUCACAACUACAGGACGAUCACGCAUUCCUUGAGAGCAAAUGUACCAAUAUUAUGACAAUAUUGCGUAAUCGCUUGGCUCUGUGGAUGCGUUACGAACGGCAACUGGAACUGGUGCACAAUUCUGUGCAGGAGACCGAUUUUAUGAUGGAGUUGUUGAAGGUCCAUGGACAAGUCGAUUACGAGCGCUUACGCAAGGCCACUGAACGUCUAGAGGGACUCGCUGGUGAUUUACAAAAUCGCGAGACUUUGUUAGAUGAUUUACAGACAUCGGCAAAACCUCUAAUCGAAACUUGUGAUGUUCAGAUAGUUGAGCAAAUCGAAUCAGCCGUCCAAGAAGCUGUCGUAGCCUGGAAUGAUACAUCCGAUAAUCUGCAGAGUCUGUGUACACGUUACCAGCGUGCUGUAGAACUCUGGCACAAAUACCACAACGCCUCAGCUCAAGUCAAGGAAUAUAUUGAACAACAAAUGGAUACGGUGAAGACCUUCAAACAACCCAUGGAAUCAAUGCAACAUGCCAAGGCCUGUCAAGACAAUUUGAACAACCAGGAUGACAAGCUGUUAGAGUUGCGCGAUAUGGUUUCAAAAAUAGCUGCCGAUAUUGGCUUGGAUGCCUCCAACUUUAUGCAUGGUGAAUUGGAAGAACUUGGCCAGCGUCUAGAGAACUGCAAGGAGGCCAUUACAACAUUGGCAAAUGUUGCCGAGGCCCAGGAACGCGAACGCAAAGAAAUCGAAAAGAACUGCUCCGAUGCCAAGGAAUAUUUUGACAAUGUGCGACAGGAUAUCAGUCAAGAAUCCCGCACCCCCAAAGAGAGUGAGGACCAACUGAAUAUUCUCAGAAACCAUUUGCAAACCUUGGCCCGUACCGAAGAACAGUUGAAACAGUUGAGGGAACGUGAAGUGGAAAACACGUUGCCCUUGGUGGAGAAUGGUCAACAGCGAGAUGAGACCUCGAUUAUUGAGGUCCUGGAAUUGUGGCAACAAGUUUUCCAAGACACCUUCCAGGAAUAUCAUCGUUUGUCCACCAAGUUGGUACGUUCUCAGAACUCAACCGAGGCAUUCCGUUUGUGGCGUCAGUAUUUGCAACACGUUCAAUCCUUCCUAUCGUGUGCCAUACCCGAAGACUACACUGCCCUGAAGGAGCAGCAGCAUCUUUGUGAAAUCCAUCAGAAUCUAUUGGUGUCGCAACAAAAUGUUUUGGCUUCCCACACUGAGGCUGAGCAGGAGCAAGAGCCCGAGGUCAGUGAACAGUUCAAACAGCUGACCAACAUGCACAAUGAGACGCUGUCGCGUAUUACACAGCGCAAUGUAGAAUUGGAACGCCGCAUGGAUGUUUGGAACAGUUAUAGACGAGACUUACAAGUCCUACUCGAGUGGUUGAAGGAGCGUGAGAAGGAACGCAGUGCUCUCCAACUGAGAUAUAUCCACCUGAAACGUCUCAAUCGUUUGCAACAGCGCAUGGAAAUCCUCAUCAACCAAAUGCCAGUCGGCGAAGAGUUGUGUGCCAAACUGAAAAAUGAACAACAGGAACUUACGAAAUUCUGUGAUGAUGCAUUGGCCACGUCGGUGCGCAUGGAACAGGCCUCUGUAGUACAGAGGGUCAACAACCUCAAGGCUGCCUUGGAGACCUGGUCUGGAUUCUUGACUAAAAUCAAGGAUUUGGAGAAACAAUAUGAGCAGAAGGUGGCCAAUGUACAAAAUCAGUUGGGCGCCGCUCAACAGCUGGUAUCCAAGACUGAAGCUAACCUGCCAAUCUCCCAAGAAGCUAUUCAAGAAUGCCUCGGCCAAUUGAGGAAUCAACGAGUUGCCCUGUCACAGUUGACGCCAACGUUGGAAGGCCUCAAUGUACUGCAAGAAGAACUGAAGGAGUGCAUUAGCCCCCAUGACAUGAAAUCCAUACGCCAAUCAAUUUGGAUUUUGUGGCAGCAACAUUCAGAUAUUGACUACGAACUCUCGACACUUAUCAAUACCAUCGAAGAACGCCUCAUGCUUCUGGCCAACUUUAAGAAUCGCUACGAACGGCUAUCUAAAUGGUUGGACAAAUUGGAAGAACGUCUGGAACGUACCUCUGACAUUUCUGCCGUAGCCAAUCCAGAAGAAUUUGCCAAACAAUUGGAAAAACAAAUUAAUACGGAACUCACACUCCGUGAGAGGGAUCGUGAAUGGCUUUUGUCGUCGGCUCGUGAAAUAAUGGCUUUAUACGCCGAUCAGACGCAACAUGGCGAAGCCGUACGCUCCGAAGUGCAAGAGAAAUCUGACACUCUAAUUGACAGAUGGGAUCGCAUCAAGUAUCUGUGUAAACAGCGUACAAGCAAAAUCAACGACCUCAAAAUGACCUUGCAACGUCUAGAGGAACGCAUUGCCCUCCUGCGAUCAUGGAUGUUCGAAGUUGAAUCGGAGUUGGGUAAACCAUUGACCUUCGAUUCUUACACUCCUCCCGUAAUUGAGGCCAAAUUAAAAGAGCACGAGAAAAUCCAACGCUCCGUGGAACAAAAGAGCAGUAAUGUUGGUGAAGUUUUGAAUCUCGUGGAGAUGUUACUUAACGAUGCCGACACCUGGAGGGCACAUCUCAAUACAGCAAAUCUUGCCUUAGCCGCCCAAAACUUGGAAACCCGCUGGAAACAUGUUUGUAGCCAAUCGGCCGAGAGAAAACAACGUAUUCUCACCGUGUGGAACAUGUUGCAACAACUAAUAAAACUGACCACCGAACACAAGGCUUGGCUGCAGACGCAGGAGACUGAAAUAAGCGCCUUGGAACGUGAUUUAAGCAAACUGUCCAAGGAACAGGUGGAGGAAAGACAACAGGCUGUCGAGCAAAAACUCAAGCAAUUGGAAAGCCAGGAGCCCAACCUAAAGCUUUUGGAACAGAUCUAUGCAAAAUUGACCUCCAGUUCGGGUGUAGAUCCCGAGAACAUUCAAAAGUUGACAAUGCCAACCAAAGUAAUGCUGACUAAAUGGAAGCAAUUGAGUAGCAGAUGCCAUGGCAUAACCGACACCAUUAACAAAGAAUUGGCCCUGUAUCGUGACUUUAAAAAGGCCCAAGACGAGGCAGUUCAUAGUUUGAGUCUAAUUCAUGGUGAUAUUGCAAAGUUGGUAGAAUCCACACCCACGACCCCUGAAGAAGCCAAAGAGGCAUUGCGUAGAAUCGACAGCUUUGAACGUAAACUGCAAAAGGUCGAAGUUCAAAUUCAAAAUGCUGAUAAAUUGGCCGCGGAAGCCAAGGGCAAACUGAAGAAGCAAGAAGAUCUGACGACAAUUGUUACUUUGCUAACUCAACUGACGACAUUAUGGCGUGAAGUUCAGACUAAGAUAACUACCAUCAAAACAGAAUGGGUUUCGAAGGCUGCCUCCUUAGGUGCGGCGGCUGCCGAAGCUGCCAUUACGGCUACUAGGGUUGGAGAAUCGGAUGCCGGUGUCCAAGUGGAUACUCUAUCCAAACGUAAAUUGCGUAAAGCCCCUAUGGCCCGGGAAACCUCAAUUACCGCCAAAGAUGCCUACAUUAUGGAAUUGGAAACAGCCAUAGCCGAAUGUCAAACUAAUCUCAACGAUCUGCAGAAGACAAUAUGCGAUCGCACCCGAAAACCAGGCCCCCAGAAGAUGUCCAAACUCCUCAGCAAUGCACAGUCCUCAACCGAAUUGGUGAAACACUUGAGUCAACUGCUGUUGAGCGAAUGCAAUGCCAGCAAAGAAGACGCCCAAACCGAAACAGUGGCAGAGUUGAUGUUACGUUACGCAACUUUACAGUCUCAAUGGAAGGCGCGACAGCAAAACGAUCAAAAUUCAAGCGAGAUCGGGCGACUAACAUGUCCGCUCUGCACACAACGUAACUGGCAACAAAUCGACAAUGAUCUCUGGCGUCUCGAACAAUGGCUGCAAUUCGCUGAAGGCACUCAAAAGGCCCAAUCUGCGCCACCGUCUAACAUUGAAUUGCUGGAAGAUGUUGUCCAAGACCAUCGCGAAUUUCUGCUUGAUCUGGAAAGCCACAAAUCGAUUGUGAAUUCCCUUAACGUGGUGGGUGACCAUUUGGCCACACACACUUUGGACACGGACAAAGCCCGGCAGUUGAGAGAUCGCCUGCAGCAGGACAACGAACGUUGGAACAAUGUGUGUAUCAACGCCACCAAAUGGCAGGGUCAGCUACAAACAGCAUUGAUGGGUAAUAGUGAAUUCCAUUCCAUCAUCGAUGAACUCUGCGCUUGGUUGCAACAAACCGAAGCCAAUAUCAAGGCCUCCGAGCCUGUCGAUCUAACCGAAGAUCGUGCCAUACUGCAAGCUAAAUUUGAAAAGUUCAAGGACUUGCGUGGCGAAUUGGAACGUUGCGAACCAAGAGUGGUUAGUUUGCAAGACGCCGCCGAUCAAUUGCUCAAAUCUGUCGAAGGUUCUGAGCAGGAGUCUACACAUACGUAUGCAAGAACCCUUUCCAGAUUGACCGACCUGAGACUGAGGCUGCAGUCGUUGCGCCGCUUGUCCGGCAUUUAUAUUGUGAAAUUGGGUGCUGUUCUCGGUGUUGAUGGUGACAACUUGGGUGUAUCGUUGCACAUGCUCUCAAGUGAGCUUUUGGAUCAAUCUGUAACGACAUUACCUUCUUCCUCUUCUAUGCAGGCUGCCGCACCAAACACUGAAAAUGCAAACCAAGCCGAUGGCGAUGCUGCCGAUGGAGAUGUCAUAAAUACCACCGUACUUGCCAGAGGCGCCAGAUUCCUAGGACGUGUUGCUCGUGCCUCGCUGCCCAUACAAGCGCUCAUGUUACUGUUGUUGGGUGUUGCCACACUUGUGCCCCACGGUGAGGAUUAUACCUGCAUGUUCUCAAACACAUUUGCCCGUAGUCUGGAGCCAAUGCUCUCCUAUCCUCAUGGACCGCCACCAACAUAAGAUAUGACUAGUAACUAACAACCAAUAUCCUCUUAUCCUUGCCUAUCUUCCUAAAAGAAAAUACAUAAUUAAGAAACUCAUUUAAAAGUAAGCUACAAAGAUAAAAAACAAUGUUGAACAUUUAAAGAAAACAAAAAUUAUAUUGUAUUUACAUAAAAUGAUGAAAUUAAAUUGUAAUUAGUUGUAUGAAAUGUUUAUAAACAAAAUACGGUAUUAUGUAAUAUUGCGUGAAUGAAUGUGUAUUUGAGAGGAAUUCAAUAAUUUGUACAUUUUUGCAGGAACAAAAUUAAGUCCCCUCCUCUAUUUCCUUAACAAACAAUGAAUGUGUAUUUGAGAGGAAUUCAAUAAUUUGUACAUUUUUGCAGGAACAAAAUUAAGUCCCCUCCUCUAUUUCCUUAACAAAAAUUUACAAUGACGAACAAAUUUAAAACAAAAACAUACUUUAAAAGUUAAUAUAUUUUAUAAGAAAUUAAAAUUUAAUGUACGAAACGCACAUAAAACGACAUAAAAACAGGAAAAACAUAUAAAAAAAUUUGAUAAAUUACGAAAAAAUAUAUUCAAUUUUAUUUUGAAAACACCUAUCGUGGAACAUUUGUGGAUUCAAAAUAAAAUAUGUGAUAUGUUAACUAAACAAAAAAUAUCCUUUGCAAUACAAAGAGUAGUACUCUUUCUUUGUGGGAAGCAAGCAAUUUAGUUAAGACAAAUCUUUCAAAAUUCUCUCCAGCUCUUCGAACUAAGAAACACCACAUGACCCGCCUUGGCUACACUUCUGUGGAAAAUAAAAACAAUACCUUGAACAGUCUCCCAAAUAUUAAUGUUCUCAUAGGUUUUGUGUAUUUUUUCCCUGACGGAAAACGCCACAAAAAUUCCAACUAUAAAGGAUUUCGUUUUGAAUUUAAAAGUUAUUGAAAUAUCGAGCACAUGAAUACCAAAUCUCUCCCUGUAUUCAUUGCCAAUGCUCUAUGAGAUUUUAAUAAUUCUUUAAAUCUUCAAAUGCCCCGUUGUAGUUUUACAAACAAAUAAAACAUUCCCACAUAUUUUUGCUUAAAAAACAAAACACUAGUGAUAUUUUAAUAAAAACAUAAUAAAGUUAGCUUCCCUCUACUAUUUGUAUUGCAUAAGGAUGUACAAAAAAAUUUUAAAUAAACCUAAAAAACGAAGCAGCAAGUGUCCUAUGCCGGUGCUAAACCAUUAAACAAAAUUUAUAUAUAAAAUUUGUUCUCUUAAAAUUAAAAACAAAAAAACGGAAAUCGAAAACAUGUUACUAAAUGUAAAUGCAAAGAAGACAAAGAAAACUAAACUAAAAUAAUGACCUCUAACAAGGUUUUGUAUAAAUUAAAACAACUCUCCCUCCAUAAAUAUUUUCAAUUUUGAUUUAUUAUUAUUUUUUUUUGCUGUUUUAAGUUGUUAUUUUAUGCUUUAAGCAUUUGAAAUUAAAAAAAAAAAAAAAAAAAACAAAAAUCUUGCUGUAUUUUUCAAUUAGUUUUCGACUUUUAAAUGUUUUGUGUUGUCUGAUGAAGAAAGAAAAAAAUAUAUAUAUUAUUAUUUAUGUUAUAAGAGUUUAUUUUUCCAUUGUAUACUUAUUUUUG